UAUGAGCAAAUGUUGGGAACCAUUCACCAUGUGAUGCAGAAGAAGAAGAAGAAGAAGAGUAAGAGGAGUUUGGAUUUGAUAUCCCUCUUUAUCACUACCCUAAGGAGUCUCAAAGUGGCUAACAAUCUCCUCCCCCACAACAAACACGCUGUGAGGUGAGUGAGGCUGAGAGACUUCAGAGAGGUGUGACUAGCCCAAGGUCACCAAGCAGCUACAUGUGGAGGAGCAGGGAAGCGAACCCGAUUACGAGUCCACCUCUCUUAACCACUACACUACACUGGCUCAGCACAGUGAAGGCAGCAAUCCUGUGCAUAUACUGCACUGGGAAUAAGCUACAUUAUGCAUGUUGUGGGCUUGCUUCUCAGUGGGCACGCCUGAGUAAUAAUAAUAAUAAUAAUAAUAAUAAUAAUAUAUUAUUUAUACUCCACCCAUUUGGCUGGGUUUCCCCAGCCACUCUGGGCGGCUCCCAACAGAAUGUUAAAGCCACAAUAAAACAUCAAACAUUAAUAACUUCCCUAAACAGGGCUGCCUUCAGAUGACUUCUAAAAGUCAGAUAGUUGUUUAUUUCCUUGACGUCUGAUGGGAGGGUGUUCCACAGGGCGGGCGCCACUACCGAGAAGGCCCAUUGCCUGGUUCCCUGUAAUCUCACUUCUCGCAGUGAGGGAACCACCAGAAGGCCCUCAGUGCUGGAUCUCAGUGUCCAGGCUGAACGAUGGGGGUGGAGACGCUCCUUCAGGACCGAGGUCGUUUAGGGCUUUAAAGGUCGGCACCAACACUUUGAAUUGUGCUCGGUUGUACUUUGAUUGUGCUGCAGGGUUGCCAAGAGGAAGCGGGGAAGCUAGAUCCGUAGAAGGGAGAUCCAAUGUAGUUAGUAGAUGGGAGAGCCAGUGUGGCAUAAUAGUUAGAGUGUUGGACUAGGACCUGGGAGAGCAGGGUUCAAAUCCCCACUCAGGCAUGAAGCUCCCUGGGUGACCUUGGGCCAGUCACCUUCUCUGAGCCUAACCUGCUUCACAGGGUUGUUGUGAGGGUGAAAUGGGGAGGAGGAGAACCAUGUACACUUCCUUAAGAUGCCUGGAAGAUCAAUGUAAUAAAUAACUAAAAAAAAUUUAAAAGGCGAGCAUACGUGUAUUCCAAAUGUUGGCUGUUUAUUAGAUAGUUGAUUUGCAGGAAGGGCAGUCUUGCCUCUAUACCAUGUUCUACUGGGUAUUUUAUAAACUCUGCAGAACUUCAUAUUUUGGGAGGCUGGAAGCAUUUUAAUUUUAAUGAGAGAAAAAAAACCCCUGCAGAUCCAAAACCAUAACCUUGGAGAACUUCAAAUCAAAGAUUCUUUCAUCGUAAGACAAAUGAAAGGGUCUCUACCCUCCAAAUGGAGAAGGUAUGUAUACAUUUUUAAUAGGCUUGGAUGAACCGUGUGAGUGAUGAUCAAGUUAUUGUGGGACAGGGAACCAUUUAAGAGCUAUUUUUGAAAUGGAGGGAAAAAAAUAGCACUUUUUUUUUUUUUGCAAAGGGUAGGAUUCAAAGUUCAAUGCAAACAAUGUAAUGGGCUGGACGUUAAAAGCAUAUCUGAGUUUUUAUGUGUAACACUAGACGCCACAUUCUCUUGCUCUCUAGCCUUUGUCAUAUACUGUUUGCUGCCUGCCCUUGUAGUUCAACUUUGGGGUGACGAACUCUUGUCAUGUGCUCACGGAGCAAAGCUCCUGCACUCUCUAUUAUCCUGCCAGUGUGACAGAUUGGCUGACAUGCCACCAGCUGCAAGAGCGCAGCUGCUCCUUUUCCUCUGCCAGCGCGGCUAAGGGCUGUUUAGCAUCCCCUGCACCUUCCUCUCUUAAGAAAACAAACAAACAGUCCAAUCCAAUGGCCACUCAGUCCAGGCAGCUGAGCUGCGACAACUCAAAUGGUCCUCGCAGCGGAAGGGAAAUGCCAGCCUCAUCUGGUUGAACACAGUAGUCAAAAGGUCCCAAGGUGUGCCUAACCUUGGUUUGAAAAAGCAAGACAAAACCAAACCCUAAGCAGUUUCUAGUCCUCCUAAUUGAAGAAAACAAUUUUUCUAAAAUAUAUUUGUAUUAAUAUGCAUAUUAAAAAUGGCAUUUUUUCUCUCAAGAUAUCUUGUUAAAUAUGUGUGUGUGUGUGUGUGUGUGUGUGCGCGCGUGCGUGUGCGUGCACGCACACACACAUUUCUUUGGUAUGUAAUUAACUGUGUAUUUUGAUAUGUUUAAACUGCCAGGAAUUGCAUCACAGUAUUUUUUUGGAAGACGGUGGCAUUUGUUUAUUGAACUUCGUUCAUGAAUCACAUCCCACGAAACAUCCUGAAGUGGUUUAACGUUGAAGAAAUCAACAAUAAAAACAAACCAGUACAAAAUUAAAGCCCCUUUAACCAUACAGAUAAAGACAGGGAUGAAAAAAGCUAGUGGCAGCCUAAGUUCCAAUCUGCCUGUUACUCUGAGAGUUGUGGGUCUAAAGCUGCCUUUUCCCAACCUGGUGCCCUCCAGGCGUUUUUGGAGUACAGUGGUUCCUUGGGUUACAUACGCUUCAGGUUACAGACGCUUCAGGUUACAGACUCCUCUAACCCAGAAAUAGUACCUCGGGUUAAGAACUUUGCUUCAGGAUGAGAACAGAAAUCAUGCUCUGGCGGCACGGCAGCAGCAGGAGGCACCAUUAGCUAAAGUGGUACCUCAGGUUAAGAACAGUUUCAGGUUAAGUACGGACCUCCGGAAUGAAUUAAGUUCUUAACCUGAGGUACCACUGUACAAUGUCCAUCAAGCCCAGACAGGAUGGCCACAGAGAGGGGCCCGAUCAUUUAAUUCCCACAGCAGCCCUGUGAGGUAGGUUAGGCUGAGAGGCAGGAAGUGACCCAAGGUCACCCAGUGAGUUUCAUGGCUGAGUGCCGAUUUCCCUAACGUUACUUUGAUGAAUAACUGGGAAUGUUUUGCCCCCCCCCCCCAAUUCAUGGCUUGGAAGACCAUGCUCAACUUCCAUUUCAUUUCCUUUGCUCCCGCUUCCUUCCAUACUUCACUCUCCUUCCUUGUCUCUCACUGCCUUCUCACCACUAUUUGCCACGUUCCUUAACCAGCUCUAAUCCGUUUUGCACGUUGCUUCCAUGCUACCAAAAAUGAUACAUGAGGGUUGGCAGGCUAGCGCAUGUGUGUGUGUGAUCCUCUGCUAUAACACAACUGUGAGUUUCAUCUGCAAGCCUGCAUUUAACAAAUGUUUGUCUUGGAGCAGAUAUGUCACUCAAAGGAGCCAAACGUUUCGUGUCUGAUCUGCGCCCUGUGGGGAAGGGGCACCUCUAAGGAGCUUGGAAAAGGCGCAUAAGAAAAAGCCACGCUGUUCAUCUUACAAGCGCUGGCAUUUCUGAGAACUUGGCUCCUAGCGCCUCGAGCUGACCACCAGCCUCUCUCUUGCUUCCCCCCACUACGACUUCGACCGCAGGGUGUGUCCCGUCGUAUUGUCCCUGACCCACUUUUCACGUUUGAAACCCCAUAUUACUUUGUCAUCGGCGAGGUGAUGUCUCAGUUCAGCCCAUCUCCGCGAGGAAACCCCUGUCAGUUCCCAUCACUCUGUCCUGCGCUCUUGCCUGCUGUUGAUCUGCCACAGUCAGAGGUCAGGAGGGCUCGCUCAUGCAUCAGUGGCGCUGCGCUUUCUCCUUAGCCUCCUUAUUUCAGAAGCCGUCGAGCUCGGGAAGGGGAAGGAGAGGGCAGCUAAAAUGAUUGGCGAUUGAGGUUUGGGGAGGGUGUGUGUGUCUUUUCCUUAAGAAGAAAGGCUGGAUGGCUAAGGGAGGUUUAGGGGUGGGUGGGAGCGAUUUGGUACAGGUCAAUGAAACAAUAAACAGUCCUGAAAGGGGGGGGGGGGGUUGAUAUGCAUGCUCUCUUAAAACCCUAGAGUAAAGGUAAAGGGACCCCUGACCAUUAAGUCCAGUCAUGGCCGACUCUGGGGUUGCGGCGCUCAUUUCGCUUUAUUGGCCAAGGGAGCUGGUGUACAGCUUCCAGGUCAUGUGGCCAGCAUGACUAAGCCGCUUCUGGCGAACCAGAGCAGCGCAUGGGAAUGCUGUUUACCUUCCUGCCGGAGCGGUACCUAUUUAUCUACUUGCACUUUGUGCUUUCGAACUGCUAGGUAGGCAGGAGCAGGGAUCAAGCAACGGGAGCUCACCCCGUCGCGGGCAUUUGAACCGCCAACCUUCUGAUCGGCAAGCCCUAGGCUCUGUGGUUUAACCCACAGCACCACCUGCAUCCCUAGAGUAGAAGAAGCCAAUAUCCUGCUCUCCAUAUGCCAUUGGACCACAACUCUCAUCAUUCCUGUUCCUUGGAUAGGCUGGCUGGGGGUGAUGGGAAUUGUAAUCCAAUAUUCUCAAGAGGGAACCAUGUAGGUUUCCCCUGCCCUAGAAUUUAAAAUUACAGUGUAGGUUUUCGUUUGUAGAAAAGAAUGGCCCAGUUUGCACUAUAUGUUUAAAUGAAUAUCACACAGCUGAAAAGCUGCUGUGAUUUUCUCUCCAAAGAACCUUGCGAUCUGUCUUUUUCAAGGGUGCUGAGAGCUGUCAGGAGACCCCUAUACCUCUCACAGAGGUUGGUUUGCCAAUCAGUUCCUCUUUCCAGGGAACUCCGGGAAGUUAUAGGAUCCUUCCCCAUUGUAGCGCCUUCCAGAGUUUUUGGAUUGCAACUUCCAUCAAGCCCAGCAGUUGGGAGUUGAAAGCCAAAGCACUGGGAAGGAUGGCUUAGAGCAGAGAUGAUUAGCCUUUGGUCCUCAUAUCGUUUCUCUCCAUCAGCCCCAUUCAGUGUGGCCAGGGACCAGGGAUGAUGGGAACUGCACCCCAGUAGCACCUAAAAGGUGCCAGCUGAAGACCUCCUUCAGUAAGCCUCAUAGGCGUUAAGUAUGUUGUUACUAUUUUAUCACUUGCUUUUUGCCAUCCUGGGCUCCUUCAGGAGGAAGGAUGAUAUAUCAGUUUAAUAAAUGAAGUUAUAAGUCAUACACCUCUGGUUUAGAGAGUUGGGGUUUUCGUCCGACUCUCCUUGGGGAGAGUUAAGUUCUUGCAUAUGGUGGCUCAGUCACAGAAUUCCAUGUAUUCCCCCCCACCCCAAAUUCUAAAGUUAGCUCAGGUUGCAGGGUUUGGUGUGUUUUUUUCUGUCUCGCUUUGUUAAGCCUAUUCAUCUGUUGAUCUGUUUAAUGCAUGCAUUAAUUUAUUUAUUUGCACAGCGCCGAGCCUCGCUAAUAGCCUAGUAUCAAAUCUGCGCAGCCUCCUCUCCCUAAAAUCAAUUUUCUCCCUAUGAUUUUGACAUCAUUGCAUCCCACAAGAGUUCCUUGUGUUACUUCCGCAAUGCCACCAAUGUAGCUGGGGUGCUGAAAUUGCUCGUGAUGCCCCCCCCCCAGGUGACAGCUAUUUCAGUGAGGGAACGUUCAUCUAAGCAAUCGAAGGUUUUUCUCUCUAUUUGCUGGUAAACCAUAACGUUUUGGCUAUUCAGGAGGAAGCAAGGGGGAGCGAGUAGAAACAUUCGCUAGGGGACUUGAGUCUCUCUACUGGUAUUCUGCAGCAAGACACAAAUUCAUGUUUUCUUAACAAACAAAAACACUGAUGCUAUCCUGUUUCGAGGGAGAUUUUCUUUCAGAAAUCUGCAGCCACUUUGUAUGUCUUUACCCCUGACCACAAGCUCGUGUUUUUAAUGGCUUUGGGACAAUGGAAUGCUGGGAAUUCUUAGCCUGACUGUUAGUUUUGUUAGGCUUUUUUUUUUUUUUUUUUAGUGCUCAUGGGAAAUGGGAAAUGUGUGCAUUGAAAUCUUCCCUGUAUGGCUGAAUUCUCCCUCAUAUGCUUCUGUAGUCUAUGGAUUAGUGUGCGCUGCCAAUCAUGACGGCUGGGGAUGCCACUUUGAAAUUGGAGAUGCAGGAGGGUUAAACAAUAACCGCGAGUAGAGGCUGGGGGGAGGUUACAGAACGGCUGUUUCCUCCUAUAAUGAGGCCUAUAGGACCAUAUUUCUUUCUUUCUCUCUCUCUAUUUAUCUAUAUAUGCACAAAAAAACCCUCCCUGAAAUGUCCUUCUGAUUCUUGCUGGACUGUUUCUGCAAAAUUAGCCCCUUGAGGGGUGAUAUGUUUGAAAAGCAUUCGUGUGUAUUCUGGAGAAGCAAGAGAUUUGAUGUUUACCCAGUGCUCCUCACUCAGAUAGAAAAGUUUUAUCUCUGUGGUUUUAUUCAGGCCAUCACUUUUCAUUGCUUGGCGUGUUGCUCUUUGCGCGGAAACCGGUCCUUUAAUUUCCUGAAAGUUUUCUUUACCCUGCAAAAGUUGUGGCUGCUUUUUGCCUCUUCUUCUGGGUGCUUAAUAACUCCCCCCCCCCCGAAUUCUUGCGGAUGCGGUUUUGAGCUUAUCUUUAGGGAUGAGAGAGAAUUUCGGUUCCGUUUGCAUAAUUCCCGAAAAUUAGGCACAAACUGAAACAGCAGCCGUCCUUUGAAACUUGUACUUCUCCGAAUUGUGCAACGAGAAUGCAGAUAUCAGCUGCGUUCUAACAUGUGUUUCGAUGGUUGUGUGAAAAGAACCUGAAAUCAAAGUCAAAUCCAUCGAUGGGUAGAAUCUAUUAACGUGCCCCAUGCCAAAUCAGGCCAGGGCUCCAUCCUGUCCAUUAUUCUCUCCUCUGGGUGGCAGCAGAAGCAGCAGCUCUUGGGGGUCUGAGUUAGAAUGAGGCCUUUCCCACCUCUGCUGUGCAGGAUUCUUUCCCUGGGAGCUGUCAGGGGCUGGAUCUUGUGUAUGCAAAGCAUUCACUCUGGGACUGAGCUACAGGCCCUUCCCCCUUGGGGGCUGGCGACAGGGAUCCACUAUUCUGUAACUAACCAUGAAUGCAAGUGCCAGCAGUCAGAUUGCUUUUUUUUUUUUUUAAAGACAAGUAAGUUAAGGAAAUGUUCCUUUUCUAAAUACCCACUUUAAACCUGGCAGCUGCUCCCAUUGUCAGUGUGGAUUCGCAGAAGCGAUUGUCCUUUCCGUCUCAAGUAUUUAUUUGGCGUGCAGUUUGGAGGAGACGCCAUUGUGAGGAUUAACAGCUUUCCUUGACGGGGGAAUAAAUAUCUAGUACAUCCAUUUACACACCCUCUCCUAGUAUCCCAGCUUCUUUUUACAUGCUCUUCCUUUAAUUCUUCCUUUCCGCGCUUGAAUUUAUGUGUUUUCUUCUGCCGAGCGGCUCCUGGGCCGAUUCAAAGCUGUCCUGUGUUUCCUUUUGAAAUGCUGCGUGUGCAACAUGAGAGAAAUCGAUGUGCCGUUGGUUUGAUAUGAAACGGAGCACUUUGCUUUGGAAUGUGGGGCUGGGUUAUUAUUUUUUAGUUUGUGGUUUAUUAUUUUUUUGUCAUGCUCCCACAACAUUGCCAUUAUUCAGCUAAUGUUCUGGUUUAAUGUACUGUACUAAGAAUACUCACACUUUUUCUACUACUCAAAACCUUCCCCGACUUUCGCAAAAGUUCCUGAACGAAUCUUCAGUAUUUUCAUAUGUGUCAAGUAUUGCCAGGUUUCUGCAUGGAAGGGGAAGGGCCUGGUGAGCAUGGUUUGGGAGACGUCUGUUUCCAUGCAAGCAGUCUGUCUGUGAGCUUGGUUUAGAGGAUCAGGACGCUCUAUUGUCCUGGGUCAGUGUAUUGCCCAUGAUAGCAGCCAUUAGCUGAAGACAAAGUUUCAUCGCAAUAACCAGGUCUUCCCUUAGCUGAGGCAGACACCUAGUUCCACUUCUAAUCUCCUAAACUCACACAGGAUUAGAAUUUCAGGAUACAGUGGAACCUCGAUUUUAGAAUUUACAGUGGACCUUUGGGUUACAUUACUUUCAGGUAACAUAAUCCUUGGGUUGCGAAUGCGGCAAACCCAGAACUGUAUACUUUCGGGUUUUGCCACACGCACAUGCGCAGAAGCUCUCUACGCACCACGCAUGCACGCAGAAGAGCGCCUCCGCUUACGAAAUUUUCGGGAUACGGCCGGGCUUCCGGAACGGAUCCCGUUCGUAACCGGAGGUACCACUGUAAUCUGUUCCAGAAGACCGUUCGGCUUCUGAAAAGUUUGAAAACCAGGGUUCAAAGGGCUGGCUGCAAAGUCAGUAGAGAAAAAAUGAAAAACGUGGCUUGGAAGCCAUUCAGCUUCUGAAAAUGGUUCAAAAAUCAGAGCAGUUACUUCCAGGUUUUUGACGUACGGGAGCUGAAACGUUCCAAAACGGAGGCGUUUGGAAACCGAGGUUUGACUGUAUGCGGUAUUAAAUAGUACAUUUUUUCUAAAGCCGCAAAAGCGAUGCCCUCAUGUACAUUUUCAUCACUCUGGCCUUUAUUAGCUGGAAGACCAGGAGGAGUACAUAUAAGGGGCAUGACUCCAGCCACCAAACUUUCCUCAGUUCAGGUGAAAUCUGCUGUUAGUUUGGAAAGGAAAACCUUACAUUCUAAUAACAAAAACACGUGACCAAAGAUGCAGACAAUCAGCUCCAGUUUCACUCUUAAGAGUAUCAGACAGCAGCUUCACCAGUUUAUAAGCGGAGAAAGGCCCAUGAUUUAGACGUUGACUUCUGGGGGAAUUGGGACAUGGGACCCUCAUGGUUGACUAAAUAGCAGAGGGGCAGCCAAUGUGUGCCUUCCCCCCCCCCCCCCAGCAUUGUGGGCUACAGGCCCUGACCAUUGGUCAUGCUGGCUGAAGUUGAUGGGACUUGUAGUUUACAACUUCUGGAGGGCACUACUUUGAAUGCUUCCUGGAAAUUGCAUGUUUCCAGUUCGUAAUAGAUCAGAAGACAAUAGGACACCUUCAAAACACCUUAUAUUUAACUGUCAAAAAUUUAAAGCAGUCUCAGAAUCCUCAAAUGCACAGUGGCCAUGCAGAUUUUACUUCUUUCCUAUGCAGAUGUUGAGGAAGCAGCUACUUCACAUGUCACCUCGAUUCCCACAGACUGAUGCAGUCUGUUUCUGUGUUGCGCUCGCAGUUCCCAGGAGAAUAAAAGCUUUCAGGAGUACAAAUUGGGAAGCAAAUGUGCCAUGUUCUCCGGAGGAAGUUCUUAUUAUGAACCUUCCUGCACUGCAUCCCAAGUAGUGCUGUGGGCCUUCCAGAAUUUGUGUGGGGUAAUUUGUACAACAAACAACAACAACAAUUUAUUAUUUAUACCCCACCCAUCUGGCUGGGUUUCCCCAGCCACUCUGGGCGCCUUCCAACAAAAUAUUAAAAUACAAUACUCUAUUAAACAUUAAAAGCUUCCCUAAACAGGGCUGCCUUCAGAUGUCUUCUAAAAGUCUGGUAGUUGUUUUUCUCUUUGACAUCUGGUGGGAGGGCAUUCCACAGAGUGGGUGCCACUACCGAGAAGGCCCUCUGCCUGAUUCCCUGUAACUUGGUUUGUCGCAGGAAGGGAACCGUCAGAAGGCCCUCAGCACUGGACCUCAGUGUCCAGGCAGAACGAUGGGGAUGGAGACGCUCCUUCAGGUAUACCAGAACAUUUUCAUCAAAGUUUUUUUUUUAUUCAGGUGUCAUAGAGAGUGAACCAAUUUUGUAUGCCUUUUUUUUACUUGCAUUUAGUAAGCAAAGCAAAAAAAGAAAAAAAGUAUGCAGUGAUUUUUUGUGUGUGUUUCUCAAUACAGUGGUAUCUCGGGUUAAGUACUUAAUUCGUUCUGGAGGUCUGUUCUUAACCUGAAACUGUUCUUAACCUGAAGCACCACUUUAGUUAAUGGGGCCUCCUGCUACUGAUGCGAUUUCUUUUGUCAACCUGAAGCAAAGUUCUUAACCCGAGGUACUAUUUCUGGGUUAGCGGGGUCUGUAACCUGAAGCAUAUGUAACCCGAGGUACCACUGUAUUGAAAUAUUGGGCAAGGGUGGGGGGAAUUAAAGUUUUAAAUGGCGUGUGGACAUUUUUAUUGGAAUGCAUAUAUAAAUGUAAACACAAUAGCACAUACCUACUUUAUAUUGUUUAAACUUAAGAAGAAAAGCCAAAGGUACUGAAAACUGUUGACAUGCGACUAUAUUCUGCCAUCCCAAAGAACUAUGCAUGAUACAUUUGCUCACUUACUUGCUAGGGAUAAGCACCUGAAAUACAUUUAUAGCAGCUUUGAUACUGUCCAGCUUGCCUAAUGGUAACAACAACAACAACAACAACAACAACAACAACAACAACAACAACAACUAUUAUUUAUGGCUGGGUUUCCCACUCUGAGUGGCUCCCAACAGAAUAUUAAAAACACGAUAGAAGAUCAAACUCUAAAAACUUCCCUAAACAGGGCUGCCUUCAGAUGUCUUCUAAAAGUCAGAUAGUUGUUUAUUUCCUUGACAACUGAUGGGAGGGCAUUCCACAGGGCGGGUGCCACUACCGAGAAGGCCCUCUGCCUGGUUCCCUGUAGCUUCACUUCUUGCAGUGAGGGAAUUGCCAGAAGGCCCCCGGCACUAGAGCUCAGUGUUGAAUGAUGGGGAUGGAGACGCUCCUUCAGGUAUACUGGGCCAAGGCUGUUUAGGCUUUCAAGAUCAGCACCAACACUUUGAAUUGUGCUCGGAAACGCACAAGGAGCCAAUGAAUAUCUAGGGCUGAUGUUAUAUGGUUUUGGUAGCCAUUCCCAGUCACCAGUCUAUUUGCCGCAUUCUGGAUUAUUUGCAAUUGUUGAGUCACCUUCAAAGGUAGCCCCACGUAGAGCGCAUUGCAGUAGUCCAAGUGGGAGAUAACCAGGGCAUGCACCACUCUGGCGAGACAGUCCGUGGGCAGGUAAGAUGGAGCUGAUAUCAGAUGGAGCUGAUAGGCCGCUGCCCUGGACACAGACCUGACCUGUGCCUCCAUGGACAGCUGUGAGUCCAAAAUGACUCCCAGGCUUCACCUGGUCCUUCAGGGGCACAGUUACCCCAUUUAGGACCAGGGAGUCCUCCACACCUGCCUCCCCUCUGUUUUCCCAAAACAGUACUUCUGUCUUGUCAGGAUUCAACCUCAAUCUGUUGGCCACCAUCCAUUCUGAACGGAUCCCAUUCGCAUCCAGAGGUACCACUGUAUAUUAAAUUCUAAAAUGAAUAAAUAUUAUAAUUAUGCUAAUUAAAUUAUUUAUUAAUUUAUAUACACCUUAAAGCAAAAAUAGGCUUUUAACUGGUUUAAAAGUAUAAAAUCAUCAUCAUUAAUAAUAAUAAUAAUCAUUCAAUUUAUUACCUUUCCUUCACCAUCAGAUCCUACAGCCGGGUUACAGCAAUUUAGAAUUCAACAUUAAAACAGUUUAAAAUAAAUUACAGUCACGGUAAUAGGGUGACACGAACAGAUAAAAAUUGCAUAAUACAAAUAGGCAACAAAACAAUCCCAUUUGAAUAUUAAAAGGGAUGUGACUCUUGCUCUGAAAGAGUACCUAUACUCGUGGCUUAGGACUUCUGUCUAUUCUUGAUCAGGCUACUGGCAUUGAGGGGAAAUGGGAAUUUGACCAGCUUGCUCCCUGACCCAGUUUCCGUGCCCUAGGUCUACGCCUAACUUGCCUAAUAGCUAAUGAUGGUUCCUGAGAAUAUUUGGUUCAGCCAUGCCUUUUUUCUAACAUAGCUGGUUAUCAGAGUUGCCAUGUAUAUAAUUCUGUGAUUUUGCAUGCAUCUGUUAACAACAAGGAAAGGACGGGGGUGGGUGAGUGAAGCCAUCCAGUGUACGCUAGAAUCUGAUUGACAGCCCAGCUGGUAGAGAUCAGUAAUUGGAAAUUCAUUGCACAUAAAUCUUCUGUACUUAUCGGGGAGACACCGGAAAGGGGAAGAUCGGAGCAGUGAAGCAUUUAACUCUUUCUGAGCAAUGUGAAGAUUUAAUUUGGCCUUCCACACAUAUCCAGACAUGCCGUACACAUUUUACUUAACCUUCUCUGUCUCUCUCUCAUUGCAUUGUUAACAAAAAAGGGAAGUGGACAGCAACUGGCAUUUUGUGUUACCAUUGCAAAUAUUUAAUGUAGGGCUGGGAAAAUAUUUCACAUUCUUCAGUUCCAGCACCCAGUUUAUAUGAGCCAUGCUUUAGUUGCCAGCCCUCUAAAAGCUGUAGAAUUAUUUCAGAAGUCCUGGGUGCCAUCACCUGGGACAUUUUCAGGCCUGAUGAACAUCUAAUUUUUGAAGGCACAAGAAGAGUUCCUUUGGGACAGGUGAAAGGUGUUUGGCUAAUCUAGCAUCCUUUUGCAACAAGACCAAUCUGAUUCACCAUGAAGCCAUGAAGCACAUCAGAAAAGCAAUAGCCCAAUCCCUUUGUUCCUCCCCAUCAGCUACUACUGAGUGGCACAGACCUACCAUAAGUAGUAGACUUAUUCUCCACAAAUUUGUCUUAACUCAUCUUCAGCGUCGCUCAAGCCAUUGGCCGUCUCCGCAUCCUGUCAUAUACAGCUAGUUCCAUUGGUCAGUUACGUGUUGCGUGAAGUACUUUCAGUUCAUCCAUUUGUGGGUUGCAGAAUUAGCCCUUCAUUCUCAUUUUUACAGGAACGGGGCAAGUGAUGUCAACAACCAACAUGGCUGCCUACAUCAUGUCUACUUCAGUGGCCAAAGAUGGAGAUACAGAACACACCUAUUCUCAAACUCUGCUAUAGAGAUGGAGAACCUGUGUCCCUCCCCAGGUUGCUUGGCUGCAGCUCCCAUAAUCCCUGACCGUGGGCCACACUUGCAAGGGCUUAAUAAUAAUAAUAAUAAUAAUAAUAAUAAUAAUAAUAAAUUAUUUAUACCCCGCCCAUAUGGCUGGGUUUCCCCAGCCACUCUAGGCGGCUUUCAACAAAAUAUUAAAAUACAGUAAUACAUCAAACAUUAAAAGCUGCCCUAAAACAAGGCUGCCUUCAGAUGUCUUCUAAAAGUCUGGUAGUUGUUCUCUUUGACAUCUGGUGGAAGGGUGUUCUACAGGGCGGGUGCCACUACUGAGAAGGCCUUCUGCCUGGUUCCCUGUAACUUGGCUUCUCACAGUGAGGGAACCGCCAGAAGGCCCUCGGAGCUGGACCUCAGUGUCCGGGCAGAACGAUGGGGGUGGAGACAUCCCAUCCUUGCUCAACAGUCAGGUGGUCCUCACCCAUGAACUGCAGUGACCUGAUCUGCUUAUAUAAGAUCAGAUCGUCUCCCAGAGAACCUGGCCUUAGCGAUUAGGUGCUUUGUCGAACAAAACCAACGUCUUAAACGUGACUUGGUAGCUCAUCAGCUCCUUUCCUACUGGUGUAAGGUGGGCACAGCCAGAGGCCCCGCUGAGCAACCCACCUGCUGUUAUUGUGCAUCAGUUGCAGUUCCAGACCACCCUUAGUGACAGCCCUACAUAACAGUUGCACAGUAUUGCAUGCAUCGCAAUAGCCGGGCUGCUGUAUUCAGUUGCACCCUCCUUUUCCUUCUCUGUCCUGCUGUUUGUCUCCCGUUUAUAUCUGCAGGUGUUAGGAAUAUGCUGCUUGCAGCCGAAUCUUGUAACCAGACACAGCAGGUGGCAGAGUAACUCUUUCAUUGCCUGCUAUCCUCUCUGUGUUUAAAAAUACGAAAGGGAAGGGCUGGAGAGAAGCAAAUCCAGUUGCAAGCAGCUGUUUAUUUAUAUAUAUAUAUAUAUAUAUAUAUAUAUAUAUAUAUAUAUAGCGAUGGGUGGCUUCUCCCCUCGAGAUGAUUCAGACUUAAUGCAUAGAAAACGGGGUUAAGCAAUAGAAUGCCCACCAGAAAAUUAAUUGCAUGCUGUUAUUUAUUUUUUCAUUUUAAAAGGUUUGGUCUUUAGGCCUGAUUGUGCAGCUGACACCCAAAUUAUUCUUGUGUGUAUGAUUGCUUCAUGUUGACAGGUUAUCCCAGUUCUUGAAACGGACUUCGUCCUCUUUCUGUCCUGCAAGCAAAAUUUGGCACAAAUGUGCUUUCUGUUAGUUUUUCUUCCUGGUGUCUUUUGCAUGUUGACACACCAUAAGCUUUUGUGUUUCUUGUUUUCUCUUCUUAAAGUUUCUCCGCCUCUGCAAAUGAUUCCCACCUCCUGUAUGAAAUCUUCCGCAACGACGGAUUUGAUAGCUGUUGGCUUAUGUUCAUACAGUGCUCUUUAUGCAAGAUCCCAACAUGGUUUAUUUAUUUAAAAGGUCUUAAGUGUCUGCAGCUUCCUGUAGGUUUGAAGACAGAGAGUGAAGGGGGGGGGGGAGAGAAUGAUAUAAAAAUAUACAGAACCCAAAGCACUUAGCAGAGAGAAGAAACUUGCUUACCCUUCCAGGAAAUAACCAUGAACCUAAUUAAUCAGAAGGCACUCCACUGACAUUUACAACACUUGCGCUUUCUACACAAGGGGCCUCAUUUUGUGGUGACCUCCGUGCUAUGCUGGAGACAUGGGUGACCAGCAGUUACUAGGCCAGAAAUGGCUUCCGGGGCUAUUUAAUCUGGCCACUUGUCGCCCUGACAAAUUUCAAGGUAUGGUAGAAAUUUUGGUUGCAGAAAAAGCUGGAAGGGUGGGACAGCUUCCAGGUUGUAAGAAGUGUUGAUAUUGCACAUUUUAAUGCCCUCCUCUCUGAUUUUGGACGUAACAUGUAAAACAGGUUUUGUAUAUUGGUCAGUAAUAAUUAACAUAAGCAAACCCGUAGUGUUAUGUACUGAGUUGAAUAGGAUCCAAAAUGCAGCAGUCUGAUUGGUCCUAGAACAAUAGGAUUCAGAAUGCAGCAGUCUGAUUGGUCCUAGAACAAUGCAGUAGUAUGAUUGGUCCUCAGGAGCCACCCAAUCCAGCUCCAGGUGGAAGUGAAUCCGCAACCUGAUUGGCCUACAGGAGAAUCCCGGAAUUAGCCAAUCACGUGCGGCCCAUUGUGUAAAUAAUGUAUAUAAAGCAGAUAUUUUGGGGAAACUUUCAUUCCUCACUACUAUGAGCUGAAUAAAGAGCAUGAAAUCCACGCUCGGCUCCGAGUAUAUUUCACGUAGCCCUCCUCACAUUGUUCAGUGGGGCUUACUCUAAGCAAGCGUGUUUGGCAUUGCAGCGCAAUCUUAUGCAUGUUUACUCAUAAGUAAGUCCCACUAUUCUCAAUAGUCCCUAGGAGGUUAAUUUAGGUUUAUAGCCGAGCAGCGCAAUGUCGUGUAUGAUUAUCUCAAAAUAAGUCCUCCUGUGUUCAGGGAAGCUUAGUUCUAAGUAAGUGUGUAUAUGAUUGCAGCCAUAAUUGGAUGGUAGGUUUUCAAAAUGCGAUUCUUAUUUUAAUGCUUGAAAAAAACUGUGAUUAUUGUAUUUGAAAGAGUUUUCCCCUCCUGUGCGUUGGAGCAGGGAGAAGGCCUAUUCCGAUUCAUAUAUAAUGUUAUGCAUAGGCACCUUUGUUCCAUAACUUGGAAACAGUGGAAACAGUGCCUGCUGGAUGGCAACAACUGUGUUAAUGGAGUCUAUUUGCGAGGAGAUCAGAUGGUGUGCAGAAAUAUACUUCUGACUCCCAAAUCACAAUCUUGUGAGCGGAGUGUCCCAGAAGAUAACAGAAGCUUGCUUUCUAACGUAUAGCAGCAUGGUGUGAGAUUUGCCCAGAUCAGCUCAAGAGAUGCCCAGCAGUUGCAUUCACCACAGUUACUUGAGUGUUACAUGCUCGGUGUGUGUAGCGCAUGGACAGUGAAGGAUAUGCGCCUGUCAUUUUCACUUGGUGUGUCUGACUGCGAUCGCUGGUGUGCAUUCACUAAACACAAUUGCCUUGCAAACAAAGGUUCCCUUUUGCAGAGUUUCUAGGAUUGAUUCAGUCAUAAACAGAAUGUGGUGUGGUUCACAUUACAGCUGAGGAUUGCAUAGUGGGAUGCUAAAGAAAUUUAAAUUUGAACCAUUUUGGGGAACCUUCAGGUGGAAAAGGAAGAGGUGUGGUUUAAAAAACCAGACAGAAAAAUAAAAUUCUUUCCCAUGUGCAGUGUAUCCCUUGCAGACAGAAAACUACCAUACUGGAGAGAAGACGUUUAGCAGUACAGUGGUACCUCGGGUUAAGGACUUAAUUCAUUCCAGAGGUCUGUUCUUAACCUGAAACUGUUCUUAACCUGAAGCACCACUUUAGCUAAUGGGCCUCCUGCUCCUGCCACGCCGCCGGAGCACAAUUUCUGUUCUCAUCCUGAAGCAAAGUUCUUAACCCGAGAUACUAUUUCUGGGUUAGCAGAGUCUGUAACCUGAAGAGUAUGUAACCUGAAGCAUAUGUAACCCGAGGUACCACUGUAAAGUGGUACCUUGCUUUGCGAACAGUCUGGUUUGCAUACAUUUUGGAUUACAAACAUGUCAAACCCGGAAGUGCGUGUCCUGCUUUGCAAACUUUUUUUGGAUUACAACCCCCUUUUUGGAUUAUGAACAAAUUUUUUUUGGCCCCAUUGGCGAAAGCACGCCUUGGAUUACAACCUGUUUUGGUUUAUAAACAGACCUCUGGAAUGGAUUAUGGUUGUAAACCAAGGUACCACUGCCGUUGGAACUGGAUGCAAGGGGGAGUUCUGUCAAGUGGGGCUUGUUGAUUUUCCUCGCCUCCCCCAGGAGGCCUUGUUGCAGAAGUAGGGUGAGAAAAUUCAACAGUGCCUUUUCUGAAAAGCGAGAUGCCUUCAGCCCGAGGCCUCUGAGGAAAAGAGCAGUGCCCCUUUCUGAAGCUCCGUCCAAGUCACGUUACGCCGACAACGUGUCAGACUGCACAAAUCAUUAUGUUUGCUUUAAUACUGUUUGGGGAAGGAGCAACACUCCUACAGUAUGUGAGUCAUUCCUUCUCCCUAACGUUUUUCUUUUUCUUUUUUCUGUACUCAUCCGGAAGUCUCCAUUCUACCAAGCCAUUAAUGAGCACCUAAUAAAAGUCGCCGUUGGAAAGAUUUGUCAAAGCAACAAAAGCUCCUUACCAAAAAGGGAAAGCACAAUUAGUGUUUACUGCUUCAGGGAUUCUGGCCUGCCCCCCUUUUCCAAGGGAAGCGAUAUUAAAAAAAAAUAAAUGCCACUGCUCAAAAUAAAUGGCAGAAAGUUGUAAUUUGUGCACACGCUCCCAAUGCACCUUUGACCCAAAUAACAAAUGUUGUAGAUUAAGGGGGGAAGGCAAGAGAAGAUACAAAUUGUCUUAACAUCGUGUAGCAAUUAAUCCAAUUUAUUAGAAACUGGCAACAACGCCAAUUGUCUUAGCAAUUGCCUCACAAUUUAACCACUACUGUACUUUAAGGCUUUAGGCAAUGGCGGCUCAGCCUUGUAGUUCUGAUAUCAUUUUGAAGAUUUGAAAGAUAGAGGUGUCCGUGUGGGUGGGUGGGAGAUUUUGGUUUUAAUCUUCUCCUCUAAAUCUUGUUGAAGCCAGAGGAGCCACAAAGUUUAGCACCUGAAUAUCAAAAGAAAGGAGGUGGGCUUCUUCUUCUUUGGUGAUCACUCGUAGCCAAGUAAGAUUGUCUUCCAUGAGCGAAGUCUUAACAGUGAGUCCAUAAGUGAUUGUGGAGGCCAAUUCUGGAUCCACACGACCUUCCACAGUGGGGAGAUAGGUUUCCAGGCGGGAGCUGAUCAUGGUGAGGGUUUGCCAAGCGUGCCUUCCUCUUAGCACGUUUCUCCCUUGCAUCCUGAGUUCAAGUGACACCUUGGGUAAAGGCUGUUCUCCAGUUGGAGCACUCGCAGGCCAGUGUUUCCCAGUUGCUGAUGUUUAUACUACAUUUUUAAAGGUUUGCCUUGAGAGAGUCUUUAAAUCUCUUUUCUUGACCACCAGCAUUACGCUUUCUGUUUCUAAGUUCAGAAUAGAGUAGUUGCUUUGGAAGACGAUAACCAGGCAUCCGCACAACAUGACCAGUCCAACGAAGUUGAUGUUGAAGAAUCAUUGCUUCAACACUGGUGAUUUUUGCUUCUUCCAGUACACUGGCAUUAGUUUGCCUGUCUUCCUAAGUGAUGUGUAAAAAUUUUCAGAGACACCAUUGAUGGAAUCUUUCAAGGAGCUGGAGAUGGCGUUUAUAAGUGGUCCAUGUUUCACAAGCGUACAGUAAAGUUGGUAGCGCAAUAGCUUUGUAAACAAGCAUUUUUGUUACCCUGCAUAUGUCCCGGUCCUCAAACACUCUGCCCUUCAAUUAGGAGAAAGGAGGUGGUAGGAGAUCUUAUGCAAAAUGAACCUCAGUAAGCUUUGAUGCUUCAAAGCAGGGGCAGUGGAACAUGCAUGUUGAUCUGGCCUUUGUAGUACAGAACACAAGUGCCAUGCCUGUGAACAUUUUAAACAGCCUCAUUUGCAAAGCACUCAUCUUGGGGUUCAAGGGACUGGCUUAUCCACGCUUUAUCAGUCCCACCCUCUGGCUAAUAGAGAGUUUGGGUCAUUUGCUUCAUCACCACAUAACCCCUCCUUGUAGUAUUAUAUGGCAUAAACAGAAUGCUCAAAGAACACAAUUACCCAUUUUGCACAGUUUGAGCCUUGAGGUGGUUGGAUAGAUAAUUACGAUUUAUGACUGCCCAAUAAACCCCCACUGAAUUUCAGCUGAGUAGUCAUUCUGGCUCUAUUAUGUUGCCAGCGUUGGAGAUAAAGGCCAAUUUCCUAUUUGGAAGUUCAGUUCCAUUGCCCGGCAACAGAAAAUCUGACAGACGGGUACUAAAUUGCAGGGUGACCUCGUCCAGCACCACCAUUUCCAGCACAAUAAUGGCAGUCCAUGAGCUGGCCGUAAAGGCUAUCUCCCUCUUCCUUUUGUCCUAGCAACUGCUAUGCAGAGGUUUACCACCUGUAAACAUUUAUUCGUUUAUACCUCGUCUUUCUCCGAAGUUGGGGUUCAAGACGGCUUGCAAUAUUUAAUAACGCCAUUCUGAAACAAAAAAGUGAUAAAAGCGAAUCAUUUUUAAAAUAAUAGUCAAAAUGCAUGAAAACACAUUUGGAACUAGCAAUUUUAAAAAGCCCAGUUUGACCGUUGGUCAGCUUCUUCUGCAUCUUCGGUUUUCAAAUAGGAAGGCCUUAGCCCGCUUGCGGAAGGAUAACGGAGAGGGUAAAGGUAAAGGGACCCCUGACCAUUAGGUCCAGUCGUGACCAACUCUGGGGUUGCGGCGCUCAUCUCGCUUUACUGGCCGAGGGAGCCGGCGUACAGCAUCCGGGUCAUGUGGCCAGCAUGACUAAGCCGCUUCUGGAGAACCAGAGUAGCACACGGAAACGCCGUUUACCUUCCCGCUGGAGUGGUACCUAUUUAUCUACUUGCACUUUGACGUGCUUUCGAACUGCUAGGUUGGCAGGAGCAGGGACCAAGCAACGGGAGCUCACCCCAUCACAGGGAUUCGAACCGCCGACCUUCUGAUCGGCAAGUCCUAGGCUCUGUGGUUUAACCCACAGUGCCACCCGCGUGGAGAGGGAGUCCAUAUUAACUCUCUUGGGAGGGGAUUCCACAGUCUGGGAGCAGCCACAGAGAAGGCUCUGUAGUUUGUCCCCACCAAUUGUGCCGCUGAUGUUGAUCAGGCUGGAAGAAGGAGCUCACCUGAGGAACUUGGCACCCUUGCAGGUCUGUAAACGUAGAGCAAACCUUCAUGUCUGUUAACCAUGGACAGAUCUGUACUCCAUUUCUGCACCCGGUUAUGUGGGUUCUGUUUCAUGUCAGUGCAAGUCUCAGCUCCAUCCUUAUGAGCGCUGAACAAUUCACAGUGAUUAAUACUAAUUUUAUGUUUACUUAUUCGCGAAACUAAGUCACGCCAUUCCUUCUAAAGGAGCACAGGGCAGCAAAGACUUUCGUGAUAAGAAGUACAACUAAGAGCAAAAUAAAAACCUAUUUUAACCGCAUAUAAACAUCGAGAAACAAUAGGACGCGUUUGAAACAAAUUUAAGGACAGAUGUAACCAGAUAUUAAGUGAAAUUCAAAAAUGCCCCAUGCUCAUUACUAGUUUAGUUCAGGACUACAUAGGAAGCUGGCUUAUACUGAGACAGACCAUUUGUUCAUCUAGUUCAAUACUGUCUACACUGACUGGCAGCUGCAUUCAGGUUUUCAGACUGGGAGUAUUCCCAGCCCUAGCUGAGCCGCCAGAAAUUGAGCAUGGAGCUUUCUGCAAGUUUAGGAGAUGCUCUGUUGUUGAACCACAUCCCUUCACUGCAACACCUAUCUAGAGUAUCAUCUACUAUGGAUGGUCUACUAUGGAUACUACCAUGGUCCUUGGAGGGCUUUCGGUGGGAAGGAACCGCCAACUGAAGUGAGCUAUGUUUAAUUCACAGCACUUGCUAAGUUUAAGUCAGCCUGAAAAUGAUGUGCAGGCCUCCGGAUUGUGAUCGAUAGCCUUUCUGUUUUUGCUCAUUUCAUCAGCAAACAAAUAAAGCUCUUGAAGGAGCGUCUGUACCCCCAUCGUUCUGCCCAGACACUGAGGUCCAGUGCUGAGGGCCUUCUGUUGGUUCCCUCACUGCAAGAAGUGAGGUUACAGGAAACCAGGCAGAGGGCCUUCUUGGUGGUGGCACCCUCCCUGUGGAACGCCCUCCCAUCAGAUGUCAAAGAAAUAAACAACUAUCUGACUUUUAGAAGACAUUUGAAGGCAGCCCUGUUUAGGGAAGCUUUUAAUAUUUGAUGAAUUAUUGUAUUUUAAUCUUUUACUGGAAGCAGCCCAGGGCGAGGUAUGAAUAAUAAAUUAUUAUUACAGUCAUACCUCAUGUUACGUUUGCUUCAGGCUGCACGUUUUCAGGUUGUGUCCUGCGGCGACCCGGAAGUACCGGAAAGGGCCCAAGGUGGUUGUCACCAAUGGAAGCAAAGGCUCAGAAAAAGCUCAAUAUGGAGGCCAAAUGGCCGAAAUAUUGGGAAAUUUUGGAACAAGAAGGAGACAAAUUGAAAUUGCAGAGUUUUGAGAAAUUAAAAGAUUAAGUGCGAGACUGGCUUCAUUAUUAUCAGAUAAUGGAGGCAUAUAAUUUGGAUAAGAAAAUUGGCUUCCAGGUGGAAAAAUCAAAACUAGAAACAGAACUGUUAGAACCCAAAACUAAGAUUUUGUCAAAGAUGUAUAACUUGCUGUUGAAAUGGAAUACUCAGGAUGAAACGGUGAAAUCUGCUAUGAUUAAAUGGGCACAAGAUGUUGGACAUAAUAUUAUGUUUGCUGACUGGGAACAGUUGUGGAUUACAGGUAUGAAAUUUACGGCAUGUAAUGCCCUAAGAGAGAAUAUUAUGAAAAUGAUAUACAGGUGGUACAUGACACCAGUCAAGCUUGCAAAAAUCUAUCAUUUGCCCGAUAAUAAAUGUUGGAAAUGUAAAGAAACUGAAGGUACAUUCUUUCACCUUUGGUGGAUGUGCCCAAGGAUUAAGGCUUUCUGGGAGAUGAUCUAUAAUGAAUUGAAAAAGGUAUUUAAAUAUACCUUUCUGAAGAAACCAGAGGCCUUCCUGCUGGGCAUAGUCGGCCAAUUGGUGCCAAAGAAGGAUAGAACUUUCUUUAUGUAUGCCACAACAGCAGCAAGAAUACUUAUUGCAAAGUAUUGGAAGACACAAGACCUACCCACUCUGGAAGAAUGGCAGAUGAAGGUGAUGGACUACAUGGAAUUGGCGGAAAUGACUGGCAGAAUCCGAGACCAGGGAGAAGAGUUGGUGGAAGAAGAUUGGAAGAAAUUUAAAGACUACCUACAGAAAUAUUGCAAAAUUAAUGAAUGUUAGAAUGAUGUCAGAAUGAAGCCAAGUGGUUUAAGCAGCAAUGUUAUAAAGGUGUAUGUAAAAAUGGAAUGUUAACAGGUGAGAAUCCAAAGUUAUAAUAUAUUAUGUUAAAGGACUAAGAUAAAAACAAAGAGGGAAAGAAAUUGCUGAAUUAACUAACUGAAUUGGAAUACAAAAAAGGGAGGUGUGAGGAGGUCAGGGAAACAAGGAAAUGAAUGUAAGGUAUGGAAAGACUGAUGUGUUUUUUUAAGUGUUUUUUAUCUUUUUUCUGUAUUUUGUAUUUUUUUCUUUUAUUUUUACUUUUGUCUUUUUUUUUUCUUUCCUUUUAAUUCAUGUAAUUCUUUUCUUUGAAACCUUAAUAAAUAUCAUUUAAAAAAAAGGAAGUACCGGAAAGGGUUACUUCUGGGUUUUGCCGCUCGUGCAUGCGCAGACGUGCAAAAUGAUGUCAUGCGCAGAAGCGACGAAUCGUGACCCGUGCGUGUGCAGGCGCGGAUUGUGUUCUUUUCAGAUUGUGAACGGGCCUCUGGAACGGAUUCCGUUCGCAACCAGAGGUACCCCUGUAUUAUUAUUAUUAUUAUUAUUAUUAUUAUUAUCAUGAUCAUGGUACCCCCAACUCCAUGCCCAGUGGAGCUGUGUUUGGCUUAGUGGGCUACAUGUUUGGCUAUUGGAUGCAAAAUGCAAAACUAAUGAAACAGAACAACUUCUGCUGUCAAAUUCAGGCCACUGGUGACAGUUCAUAACCUUUUCAUUUUGUUCUGUUUUCUUCCCUGGCUUAGUAUCAUCACCCCAAAAAUAAUUUAAACAUAGGCUGUUAAUAUUCAUUAAUUUAACUCUUCAUUGGCUUCAGCAGCACCCUUGCAUUAAUGACCCUUCCAGAAGCAUUUUAAAUUGACCUUAUUCGUAUGGAAAUGCGAUCUCCCAUUAAUCCAAGAGGACAGAAUAGAGUCUACUGUAAACCCAGCUGUUCUGCCAAUAUAUUUGCUGAACCUUUCUCAUUGUUGACGGCAGAAACACACCCGAAACCACCCACCCACCCGUGCCGUCUCUUACAAAGGUAGCAGGAGCUGAUAGCAAAAAGUGGUAUUUUUGUGAAAGUUAACCGCAGGGGGUUGCCUUUUUUUCCUGGUUGUUUCGCGGGAGUGAUCUGAAGGCAGCGAUUGGUUUUCUCCUUCUUGAUCCCAGUUUUCCUUUCAUUUUUGUAAGAUUAAAGGAGGGUGGGGGAUUAAAUAUCUGUAAAGGAUAAGUUCGUUAAAUUGAGAGUUUUGAGCAAACAGAUCACACUAGCAACCAACACCUGUGCUAUUUUUGAUAGCUAUUUGCCAUGCAAUCUGUUGUGGCAUGUUCUUGAGUUGUAUAAAAAGAAAAGGCACAGUUGGUUGUUGACCUGUGUUGUAGGCUCAGCUUUCUCCCAGAUUUUCAGUUUGCAUGACAGAUGUACAUCUUGGCAAACUGAACGCUGGUUUAACCGUCAAUUUCACCCUUCCUGCCAUGCUUUACAUGGGCUACCUGCUUUCCCCCCCCCUUGCUUUUAAAAAAAUAUAUAUAUCAAAUUUUAAAGCAUCAGUUAUAUGGAACCUUGUUCAUAUUUUGUAGAUUUACAUAUCCUGCUUUUCAGCUCACAUUCUCAAAGCCGCUUGCAAGAUUUGCAGAAUGCUUGGGCGCUAUAAGAAUUAGUAUUGUGCUAAAAAUGCAUUUGCUUACCAACGGUUUCCCAUCAGUUAACGUGACGACACACUGGGAAAUUAUCAAGAGAAGAGGAUACUUUGGGGAAAGGUGCAGGACUUUGUUGACUUUCAAGGGGGCUGAGGGAUUUGGUGAACGUCUUUUCAUUCUACAAAUCACACCUUAGGUCUGAUUGGAAUGUGGUCAGAAGUUUAGGGAUCUCCCACCUAGGAUUUGCCAUAAUAUCUGAAAUUUCAUUGUUUAUCACAAGCUAUCAGGCCAGUGCUAUUUAGAAGGUUGAUUUGGGAGACUUCCAGUUAUAUGCAGUCCACAUCUUUGCUGCCAGUUUGAAUUACUUAAUAAGGUCUUUGGGCAGGAGUCCAGGGUCAUUAGGUUCAGGUUUUAUUUAUUGAAACCACUCUUUAAUUAGAUAUAUCAAGGUGGCAUACAACAUUCAGAAUACAAUAAAAUCAUUCAUAGUAUCCAUGAAAGGGCAAUUGAAAACCGUCAAUAAAACAUCAGUAGAUACUGGUUGGUGAAAAAAUGGAACUUCCUAUUGUGUCCUAUUGUGUCUAAAAAAAGGCAUUUUUCAGGAGACAUCUAACUGAGGGUAAGGCUGGUUCCUGACAAACCUCUACUUGUAGGGAGCUCAAUGGGGCAGGGCCAGUGUGGUGUAGUGGUUAAGAGCGGUAGUCUCGUAAUCUGGGGAACCGGGUUCGCGUCUCCGCUCCUCCACAUGCAGCUGCUGGGUGACCUUGGGCCAGUCACACUUCUCUGAAGUCUCUCAGCCCCACUCACCUCACAGAGUGUUUGUUGUGGGGGAGGAAGGGAAAGGAGAUUGUUAGCCGCUUUGAGACUCCUUAAAGGGAGUGAAAGCCGGGAUAUCAAAUCCAAACUCCUCCUCUUCUUCUUCUUCUUCUUCUUCUUCUUCUUCUUCUUCACUAAAUCCUGGUCCCCAGUGAAGGCCAUCCGAACCUUAGGGUCAUGCAAAACCAUCAGAAGUGCCCCAUCAGAAGAUCUUGGUGAUCGAGGUGGAGUAAUGAAGCAGCAGCAUAGAUUCAGGUGUUACCUAUGGUCUGGUGUGAAGAAAACCCUCGUAGUCACUAAGAGAUAGGUGGUUGUUUUUGUUAUAAUAACAUAUUUAUUUUUAUUCUGCAUUUUCCCCACUCAAGGCAACUUGCGGAUAGAAACAGGGACUACUAAAAACAUGGAAACACGUUCCUCAGCCUCAAACCUUUGGACAUCCCCACCAAAUGAAUAUUAGUAUUUUCUUAAAUGAAUUGCAGGAUUGUUUCGCAUGUUGUCUUGUCCCCCUCCAUCUUGAGAUCAGUUUGAUGCAACGUGGGUUACAAAUAUGUUUUUAAGAAACCAAUAUGAUUGAAAUAUGAUUUAAGAUCUUCCUUGCAGGCCUUAUCCAGCCUCUUCACUGUCUGAAAUACAGUAAGCAGUUGCCCAUAGUAAAUUUAGCAGUACCAUUGGGGGUGCAGGAGCAGUUCCAUUCAAAAUACAUUUAAAGCCCAAUGAAAUUCACAGUUUCCGAAGCAAGUCUGCGACCCCCCCCCCCAACCCCCCCCAGCGAUGCUUUGAAAUUUGCGCUUAUCCAAAUUUUUCAACAUAGUGCUCCAAUCAGUGUUUACAAAAAUGCGUAACAGGCAGGGUGUCUAAAAACGAAACAUACUGAUUGUUAAACAACUCUGGGAAUCAUAGCCGGGAGGUUGAACAGGGGUCUCCUAACAAUUCCCAGUACAGUGGUACCUCGGGUUACAUACGCUUCAGGUUACAUUCGCUUCAGGUUACAGACUCCACUAACCCAGAAAUAUUACCUCGGGUUAAGAACGUUGCUUCAGGAUGAGAACAAAAGUCGUGUUCCGGCCGCGCGGCGGCAGUGAGAAACCCCAUUAGCUAAAGUGGUGCUUCAGGUUAAGAACAGUUUCAGGUUAAGUACGGACCUCUGGAACAAAUUAAGUACUUAACCCGAGGUACCACUGUACCUUAAACAAACUACAAAGAAUUGUUUUUGGGGGGGUGAGUCACAAGUGUUUAAAGCGGAAUGUAUGGUGCGGCCGGGGUCUAUAAACGUGGUGGCCGUGACUGCAGCAAUAUUGCGGGUUUGGGGAGUACUGCAGCCUUGUAAAUGGCAGUGUCCACACAUCUAAUCCCCACGUGGAGGUGCAUUCUAGCAGAUGGCGUGCACUGAUCCUGGCCACCCGUCCUUAGACGUUUGCACGGGGGGGGGGAGGAGCUGCUGUAAAAGUGAAGCACCCCCCCGGUUGUCUAUUCCGUCUCUGCCGAAGCCACUAACUUAUAUAAUGGGCAGCCAGUGUGUUCUGUGGCAUGCUUAAAGGCCAGCUAUUAUGAUCACACAGCCAUUCACUGACCACCACCAUCCUCUUUUCUGUUGACUCAUCAUUCCUCUCCCCACCCCCACCUCGAAGAAGUGCCAGCCUUUAGGAACCGCAGAUUCUCUCUCUCGAACUGACCCCCCCCUCCCCACCGCUUUCCGUGAUAUCCAGGGCUUCUAAAGCACAGCUUAUUUUUAAAUCAAUCGUAGGCUGCGCAGCUAGCAAAGCAGAGUGUUAAUUGGGUCCAGUGGAAUUCUCAUUCCCAUGGGGGCUCCUCGAAAAAGAGAGCUUCACCGAGGGGGGGGGGAGGGAGGAGAGGAAAUAUAUGCAAGCCAGCUCCGUCAGCCGCAAGCAGAGAAGGCUUCUAUGUGCGAUAUUGCAACAAUCGGGUUUUUUUUUAAAUAAGUGACUCUUUUCCCACACCCGUUGUAUUCAGUUUAUGAUGUAGGGAGAGGGGGGGGGCUGUUAGUUUAUUCAGAUGCAAUCUGCCUUUAAGGAAGAACAGGGGUAAAGGGGGGGGGCAGGGAAUCUCCCUAAUCUGUAUUAUAGCCCCUUUGCAAGCUCCCUCCUUUGCAAACUCCAGAGUGCAAUUUGCCAUGCCUGUCCUUGUCAGCAUUGUUCUGGUACUAAUUCCAUAUGUAUGUCACAUAGGAGCUCUGCGCGCUCGUCGUCUCCCCCCCCCACCGAUUCGCUCCCCUUCCCACCGUCCAUCUAUUGCUUCCCCUCCCCCAACUCCUAAAGGCAGAUUCCCCCUCCCCAUCCUUACCCCUUCCCCUCCGAGGAAACGUGGUAGCAGGGAAAUUCAAACUUUAAACAGGCUACAUAUAGCCUGAGUACCCGGUGAAGAUGAGUGUAGCUUAGUGCUUACUCGGUUCCCCCCAUUCCUCCCCCCCCUGAGUUGUUGUCCCCCCCAAAAAACAAACCCCUCCACCCUCCGCGCUCUCCCUCUCUCCCUCUCUCUCUAUUUAUAACACAAAGCUUUUGAAAGAAAACUAAGACUGGGCCCCGUUCUCUCUCUGCUUUCGCUUGUUACCGUGGCAGCGUGUGCAUCUCAGUGCCGGAGAAUGAGGCAAGCUGGCAGCGGUUUUUGCUUCUGCCCCUUGCGCUUGGGAUUACGGGAGAGGAGCCCUCAGAGGGACGUUCGCAGCAAGGAUGCCCUACCGAGUUUGUUAUGUGCUACUUAUUCCGGUUAAAAGGUGAGAGCUUCUCUAUAAGUGGGUUGCUUGUUUGUUUUGGAUCCCUUUUCUGGUAAAAAUCUGUGUGCAUUGUUCAGUUGCGAGAGCUUGCUGUUCAUUAGCUUGUGGGAGCGAGUGAGGGAGAGAGAAAGAAAGGAAGGAAGGAAGGAAGGAAAGAAAGAAAGAAAGAAAGAAAGAGUGUAAAAGUGGAGUUUUGCAUCUUGCAAAUAGUAUAUCCUUCCAACCUCCGAAGAGUGCUUGGUCCGUAAGAAUUUUCCCCGGUGUCACAAGUGUUUUCCGCUAGUAAAAAAACAUGGUGAAAUGAAUCGCGAGUGCAGAAAUAGUGCUUCGUUUCCUUGUUAUUCCCAUGGUAUUCUGCCAUGUGGGGUUGCCUGCGCGACAUGCAAGACCUGAGAGAGAGAGAGGAAGAGAGAUUCACAGAGAAGGGGCAGAUGUGUAUAUUAUUGACACUUGGUGGGUGGAAAAAGAAGAAGUAAGAAGCUAUAAGCAAUGUGGAUGCUUUUCAUCCCUUUUAUGGUGAAGUUUGAUGUCCUCAACACUUCUCCUCAGGUAAGGGGAUCUUAGCUCUGCAUAUCCAAAGUUUAAGGAUUGCCCGUUUGAGUGAACAGCCCUUGCUGUGGCAAGUUGUUCCGUUCGUCUCCUGUUGCCCCUCUCGGUCAACGCUUCUCAAAGCCCGUGACCCCCUUUGGUGCAUGGGGGAUACCUUCUUAACAGAUAGGUUUUGUACCUGGGUUGCAAAAAUACACACACGCCUGGGCUGUGUUGGGAAAUACGCUGUGUGUGUGUGUGUGUGUGUGUGUGUGUGUGUUUUGCAGGGCUUGCGCCUUUAAGAGGAAGUCUUCCCCCAAACACACCGCACCAUUCAUGCGGAAGAGACGCAGGAGACACAAAGAUCUACGCUGCAAACGCUUCGGUCCUGGAGUUCAGUCUGUGUUAUUUUGUACCCGGGUAUCAAUACAGAGCUACAAAACUAUCUCUUAUGAGGCAUCCCUGAUGGCCAGAUGGUUUUCCCAUGACGUUGCCCUUUGCAACCUUCCUGUCUUUAAUGUCAUUUUGAAACAAACUUAACUAGCUAACUGACAUUCACACAGCACAUUUAAACUACAUGGCUUCCCCCUCCAAAAGAUUCCAGGGAACUGCAGUUUUCUACCCACAGAGCUACAGUUCCCAGCACCCUUAACAAACUUCAGUUCCUAGGGUUCUCUAAGGGACGCCAUGUGCUUUAAAUGUAUAGUAUGGAUGUGACUAGGGACGCAGGUGGCGCUGUGGGUUAAACCACAGAGCCUAGGACUUGCUGAUCAGAAGGUCGGCGGUUCGAAUCCCUGUGACGGGGUGAGCUCCCGUUGCUUGGUCUCUGCUCCUGCCAACCUAGCAGUUCAAAAGCACGUCAAAGUGCAUGUAGAUAAAUAGGUACCGCUCCGGCGGGAAGGUAAACGGCGUUUCCGUGCGCUGCUCUGGUUCGCCAGAAGCGGCUUAGUCAUGCUGGCCACAUGACCUGGAAGCUGUACGCCGGCUCCCUCGGCCAAUAAAGCGAGAUGAGCGCCGCAGAGUCGGUCACGACUGGACCUAAUGGUCAGGGGUUCCUUUACCUUUACUAUGGAUGUGACUAAAGUGUAGGAAGACUGGUCCAGAGGUGAGUGGUAAAAGGACUUCUUGCUGCCCAUAGUUUGGGGUGGGGAGGAUUUUUACCUGGAAAACUUCAGGAUCAGAGAGGCUUGACUCUCCUGAGUCUUUUCCUGCAGAUUGCAUUGCAGCUUCCACGUUGCAAUGAAAGAAUUUGGGCACGAAAACAACAACAACACGGUGAUAAGAGUUGCGUACAUGACUUUGACCCUCAGCCUUCCCUACCUCACUAGGUUGCUGGGUGGAGAAAACCCAUAAAAGCUCAUGUAGAUCCUUCUGAGUUCUUUGGAGGAUGAAAGCAAAUGUGGAAACGGAUGGAGGAAAUAAAUCCACAAAAAAAGUUAGUAGUGCACAAAUUGCUGCCAACAUAAACCCGUGUGAGUAAUUUCUGGCACGCUGAUUGCUUGGAAGAAGUAAAAAAUAAACUCCAUAAGCCAAUCCAAUUCUCUUCCAAUUUUACAAGUGUGUUUUCCCCCCGUUUCCUUUUCCCCACUUGCCUGAUCUUCUGGAGUUGAUUCUUCCUUGCCAGAGGCAUCCAGGACAGUGCAUAUUUACAAGCCCAUCUUUAAUGCUUAUAGACUUUAUAGGUUUUCCCGACAUUCGGCUUUGAUGUUGAUACUUGCCCGGAGCUCUUGUGGCAAGGUGGCUGCAAUUCCAAACAGAAUAAAGGCAUAGUGGGUCCCGUCCCCAGGGUCUGCAUCAGCUCAGCGUUUAUUCUACAUUGUGCAUCCCUGGUUGAGAGACUUCUUUGGCGGCAAAGCGCUGGACCGUGUGUGGGAGAAGUCAUUGUGUAGUUGUCCCUCGUUCAUAACAGCUAAUUAAGGCUUUGUGUAAAGUAGCACAUCCAGGGUUGUGUGUAAAAUACAUUCGUUUUUAAGGAAGUAAUAUAGGCCACAACAAUCGAAGGUGUAUUUUGCAGCUUCCCCUCCAGUAUCAGACGAAAAAGGGGGAAAGGUGUUUUAUCUGCUACAGCAGGCGAGCUGGGUGGUGGAAAGGGCAGAAUAAAUCUCUUUAUGCUAAACCAGACAUUCACAGAUAUUCAUUUGGUCCUGCAUUGUCAUGGCGCUCACUUAGGAGAAAUCUCACAAGGUUUGCAACCUUCUUGCCCUUUCCUGCGCACUCAUUCUUCGCUCGUUCAAGAGGGAACUUCAUGGUGGGGACCAGAAACUAAAGGGUGGGUGGAUCAGACACCCCCACACUCAAGUUCAUUGAAUUUGCGGGAGGUGUUGCUGUGUGUCGGUGGGGAGGAUGACACACACACUUUGUGUCUGCCAACACAUGAGCAUGCACCAAGAUGUUGCCUCCCAAAUUUGCUAACGUUGGGUGCUGGACUGCUAGGCACGCAGGAAGGGUUGAAGUUCAGUGGUUGAGCAGCAGGGUUGGCGAUACCUGGUUUUCAACGUGGUGAUAUAUCACCAGCUAAACAUCGCAAUAUACUCAUAUAUCAUAGAAUUGUAGAGUUGUAGAGUUGGAAGGGAUCCUGAGGAUUAUUUAGUAGUAUAGCCCCUUGCACUGGGACGCAGGUGGCGCUGAGGGUUAAACCACAGAGCCUCUUGAGCUUGCCGAUCAGAAGGUGGGCGGUUCGAAUCCCUGUGACGGGGUGAGCUCCUGUUGCUCGGUCCCUGCUCCUGCCCACCUAGCAGUUCGAAAGCACAAAGUGCAAGUAGAUAAAUAGGUACCGCUCUGGUGGGAAGGUAAACGGCGUUUCCGUGCACUGCUCUGGUUCGCCAGAAGCAGCUUACUCAUGCUGGCCACAUGACCCGGAAGCUGUAUGCCAGCUCCCUCGGCCAAUAAAACGAGAUGAGCGCCGCAACCCCAGAGUUGUCUGCGACUGGACCUAAUGGUCAGGGGUCCCUUUAUCUUUUACAGCCCCUUGCAAUGCAGAAAUAUACAACUGUUCAUUUUUGGGAAUCAAACAUCAUGAUGUUUGAAAUAAGGAUGGAGCUAUGUAGAGGCAUUGGCUGGCACCACAGUUUUCCCCACAUUGUGAUUUUUGCAUAGCACACACAUAUUGACAUAUUGCCAGGUCAGAAAUUAUGAAACCAAUAUCACAAGAUGGACUUCAAAUUGGUUCUGGAUAAUAUAUCAAUAUAUCACCCAGCCCUAUCAAGCCCUAUCAAGCACAGUAUACCUGAAGGAGCGUCUCCACCCCUAUCGUUCUGCCCGGACACUGAGGUCCAGUGCCGAGGGCCUUCUGGCGGUUCCCUCACUGCGAGAAGCCAAGUUACAAGGAACCAGGCAGAGGGCCUUCUCGGUAGUGGCACCCGCCCUGUGGAAUGCCCUCCCACCAGGUCUCAAAGAGAAAAACAACUACCAGACUUUUAGAAGACAUCUGAAGGCAGUCCUGUUUAGGGAAGCUUUUAAUGUUUAACAGACCACUGUAUUUUAAUACUUUGUUGGAAGCCGCCCAGAGUGGCUGGGGAAACCCAGCCAGAUGGGUGGGGUAUAAAUAAUAGAUUUAUUAUUAUUAUUAUUAUUAUUAUUAUUAUUAUCCUUUGCAUGUCUGAGUUCCCAGGUUCAGUCUUCCUGGUUUAGCUGGGAGAGAUACUUGGGAGCUGCUGCCAGUCAGUGUAGACAUUAUUGCCCUGGAUGAACCAAUGCUCUGACUUGGUGUGAGGAAGCUUCCUCUGUUCUUCAGUUUUGCUGAAUUUUGCCCAAACACUUUGAGAAGUGUUGUUCUUUUGGAACAUGCAUAUGACCACAUCCGAAAUGCACAUCUGAACUAUUUUGGGGAUAGAGGGGCUCCAUUUGCUCUUUGAAUUUGCUUAACCGUGCCAUGUGGAAAGGCACCCCUUUUCAAAUCAUCUCCUUUAAGAUGAUCAGGAGGAAAUCCAGCUGAACAGCCUCCUUUUCCUAAUCCGACUUUGCUUCCAGCCUUGCCUAUAUGCAGGCUUUAAAUAAGUGGAAAGUCUACCAAAAGCCCAGUGAUUAGGGGGAAAGCUCUCAUCUGCGGUGCUUUCAAAAUCCAAGGUGCGAGGGGAAAGGAAAUCCCCUCUGAAGGGCACGCAUGUCUUCAAUGUCACAGUUGUUAAGAAUGUGUGCAGAAAAACUAGGAGGUUUAUUUUUUAAUACAUUCUCUUCUGGGGCAGAACGUGACAAAAGAGUUUUGAGGGUUGGCUAGGGAUUUAUCAGUGCAUUAAUAUCAGAGACCUUAAACUGCUGUCUUCUUCUUCCUCCAUAAGUGACUUAACGCCACUUCUCAAGUUUGUGGCGUCAUCCCACUGACAUAAUACGUCAGGUGUGGGAAACCUUUGACCCUCUAGGUGUCGAUGAACUACGGUUCCCGUUCCCAUCGCUCCCCAGCAAUGCAGCAGGCUCCAUGGAAAAUUGCUCUUAGCUUUGUGGCUGCUCUCUCUCCUCCCCCCCCCCCCAGAUAUUGGAUCGCUCCCCACUUAUUCCCCCUCCCCUUACCCUUCCAAAUAAAUGAACAGAUCAUGUUUUCUCUGUGGCUUAAAAUGACAAGGAAAAGUGAUUCUAAAGACAGGCUUACUGCCCAAAUGAGAGAGAAUACAGGGCUCUCUUGUUUGAAGACUAUUAGCAUGAGAAUGAAGGGGCUGUAUGGUGUGUUGGUUUAAGGUGCCCAUGCAGAACUGAGGGGGAAGGGAGACCAGGACUGUUGUGAUUUCCAGAGCCUGCAAAACCAUUUUUUGUGCCAUAAAUAGUCUCCACUUUCUCCUGCAGAAUUUAACAGAAAUGCAAAAGGCCAAACUCUUCGUAAGCCAUUAUUUUAAGUACACGAUAGCUGCCCAAGGUGAUCUUCCUGUGCCUCUUCCCUGAGACAACGGGUUGUAUUCAACUACCGUUUACUCAGAGUAAACUCACUGAAGUUAAUAGCCAUUACUAAGAUGGGUCUAUUUUAAUGGGCUUACUCUGAGUAAUAUACCUAGUCGAACACAACCCAGUGGGUUCCCCCCUUGCUCCUGCAAAUUUUCAGUUGGGUAAACGUUUCUCUCCCAAGUUGUGCAAGAAUAAUGAUUGAAUUUGAAGAACACCCCGGUGAAUAGGUAAUUCCCUUUUCUCUGUUUUCCUUUCAUGGAAUUGGGAGACAAGAGAGGAGGACUAAGAAAACAAGUUUGCCAAGCAAAACCCAGUUGCUACCAAACUUUACUUAAAAGAAGAGUCUGUGGUGAAGUGAAAUGGGCUGGCAGAACUAUCCGUGCCUUUCAGAAACUAUUUCUGCAAAUCUGAGGCAAGUGCUGCCUCUUUCUUUAAACCUAUUCUCAGCCCCGAACUCAGUUCCCCAUCUUCCUGGUUGGUUUGUCCUGCUCUUACCCGGAAGCUGCAAGCUUAGUCCUGCUUCGCCUGGACUUUCUGUAUUUUAGCUUAACCUUCACACUCUGUAUAAGUCAGUGGAACUCAGAAAGCUUUCUCCCAUUCUGUCCACCGUCUUAAGUGUAUGUUUCAGCAAUUCUUAGCAUUUAUCAGUUACUUCUUGGAACUGAUUUCAACAGCCCAGUUGCACAGUGGCGAAAUUGCAUGGGUGCUGUUGAUAACAUGCCAUGGUGGGCCGUGAACCCUACACAGAACCAGGUGUGAGCAACUUGUGACAUGCUGACCCAAAUGCAGCUCACAGCCUCAUAUGGUGGCUCAUGGGGGUCUGUUUCUGCUGCCUGCCUGAGUCUAUGCAAACAGGAGGUGGUCAGGUAUCUGCAACAUACGCCUUUUGGGCAUCAUCUUGACCAUUAUAUGUUAGGCUGACCUGGAAAGAUGGGUUGUUGGUCUGGUGUAAUUUUUGAGUGCACGUCAAAUGCCAUUGUAGUAUUUGGGAAUGUUCAUUUACUCAGGAACAUGAUGAUCACAUAUUUUGCAUGCGAAAGGUCUCAAGUUUAAUCCCAGGCAUCUCUAGGUCCGCUAGUAUUUUGUAUGAGUGUCUGUUUUUAGAUAAACGAAUCCACUAAUUAGGCAGCCAAAUAUCACAAUCACAUGGAGUAACAAUAAAAGGUAAGUGGUCUUUUGGAUUACUUUUGGGGUAUCCUGUUUCCUUCCCUCUGGUUUCUUAAAACUCGGGGGGGGGGGGCAGACUCAGAUACAAAUAGUUUCCAUUUUAAAUAAAAGCACACAUUCUACUCAUGUAAAAACACCAGGCAGGCCCCACAAAUAACCCAGAUGCAUUUUAAAUAAAAGGACACAUUUUACUCAUGUAAAAACACACUGAUUCCCGGACCGUCUGCGGGCUGGAUUGAGAAGGUGAUUGGGCUGCAUCCGGCCCACAGGCCUUGGUUUGCCUACCCCUGCCCUAGAGGCUCCCAUCAGCUCUAACCACUCACUGGCCAUACUAGCUAGAGUUGUGGGGAGUUUUGAGUUCAAUAAGACCCAGAGGCAUAUAGGUUUUUAUCCCUGCUAUGUGGUCCAUAUUGACAACUUCAUUUAGUUUUAAACAGAUCAACAAGACUUGGGGUGCACAGAAAGAGAACAGCAUCCAGAUACAGUGGUGCCUCGCAAGACGAAAUUAAUCCGUUCCGCGAGUCUCUUCGUCUUGCGGUUUUUUCGUCUUGCGAAGCACGGCUAUUAGCGGCUUAGUGGGGCUUAGCGGCUUAGCGGCUAUUAACGGCUUAGCGGCUUUAAGAAAAAUGAAACAAACUCGCAAGAACUCACAAGACAUUUCGUCUUGCGAAGCAAGCCCAUAGGGAAAUUCUUCUUGCGGAUCGACUCAAAAAACGGAAAACUCUUUCGUCUAGCAAGUUUUUCGUCUUGCGAGGCAUUCGUCUUGCGGGGCACCACUGUAUGCCAACAUAGUUCACCUGUCAUCUGCUCAAGAGCAUUCCAAGGAGAACUGUGGGAACAUCAAGAAGAAGAAGAAGAGUUUGGAUUUGAUAUCCCGCCUUUCACUCCCCUUCAGGAGUCUCAAAGCGGCUAACAUUCUCCUUUCCCUUCCUCCCCCACAACAAACACUCUGUGAGGUGAGUGGGGCUGAGAGACUUCAGAGAAGUGUGACUAGCCCAAGGUCACCCAGCAGCUGCAUGUGGAGGAGCGGAGACGCGAACCCGGUUCCCCAGAUUACGAGACUACCGCUCUUAACCACUGCACCACACUGGCUCUUAUCAUCCUUUGCACUGUGCGUUUUGUCUUGCAUUUAAAAAUACAGUGGUACCUCGGGUUAAAAACUUAAUUUGUUCUGUAGGUCCGUUCUUAACUUGAAACUGUUCUUAACCUGAGAUACCACUUUAGCUAAUGGGGGCCUCCUCCUGCCGCCACGCCACCGGAGCACAAUUUCUGUUCUCAUCCUGAAGCAAAGUUCUUAACCCCAGGAAGUAUUUCUGGGUUAGCAGAGUCUGUAACCUGAAUCGUCUGUAACCCAAAGUACCACUGUACUAACAGUGAAGAUGUGCAUCUACAAGUAAACACAUUUUUGUUUUUGAGUAAGUGGUUACCUUUUUCUAAAGUGAGCCAUGUACUUAUGAGCCUACAAUUUUAUGCUUUCCCCCUCCUUAGUUCUUUUUUUAAAAAUUAUUUUUAAGCCCAGUGCAAUUAUCUGCCAUUUUGGGGAGUGCCUACUUUUUACUGAAAAACAAGAUACACAAAUAGUAAAUAUUACUCACCUGAUAACGGGUCUCACCUUCUCCUUACCAUAUGCUAAUAAAAGCAGAUUGGGGAUGAUUAUGAGCUAGAUAAAUCACGGAAGCAUAAAAAUCAUACAGCUGUAGAGUUGGAAGGGGCCCCGUAGAGUCAUGUAGUCUAGCCCCCUGCAAUGCAGGAAUCUCAGCUCAAGCAUCCAUGACAGAUGGUCAUCCGAGAUCUGCUUAGAAACCUCCAAGGAAGGAGAAUCUACCACCUGCCGAGGGAGAUCCUUCCACUGUCAAACAGCUUUUGCUGCCAGAAAGUUCUCCCUGAUGUUGAGUCGGAAUCUCCUUUCUGGUAACUUGAAACCAUUGGUUCGAGUCCUGCCCUCCAGAGUGGGAGAAAACAAGCUUGUUCCCACUUCCAUGUGAUAGGUAAAGGUAAAGGGACCCCUGACCAUUAGGUCCAGUCGUGGCCGACUCGGGGGUUGCGCGCUCAUCUCGCUUUAUUGGCCGAGGGAACUGGCUUUUGUCCGCAGACAGCUUCCAGGUCAUGUGGCCAGCAUGACUAAGCCGCUUCUGUUGAACCAGAGUAGCGCACGGAAACGGCGUUUACCUUCUCGCCGGAGCGGUACCUAUUGAUUCUACUUGCACUUUGACGUGCUUUCAAACUGCUAGGUUGCAGGAGCAGGGACUGAGCAACGGGAGCUCACCCCGUCGUGGGGAUUCAAACCGCCGACCUUCUGAUCGGCAAGCCCUAGGCUCUGUGGUUUAACCCACAGCGAUAGCCCCUGAGAUAUUUGAAUGCUGGGAAGGAAAGGGUUAUGUUAAUUUUCUCCAUUAUUGACGCUUUCCUUUAUGAUACUGCUUCUGUUUUGGCUUCCAAGUUGUCCAGGCUGGUGUUGCUUUUUUUAACCAACCAACCAAAACCUACGAAUCAAACCGGUAAAAAAACCUCCCUGUAAUGUGUAGUUUUAGCCUUAGGAGAAAGGGAGAGGGACCGUGUGGGAUGGGUCAUAUUACUGGACCUCAAACAACCUGCUCACAUAUUACGAGAGAUGAGCUGGGUAAAUUCCUAUCUUACAAAUCCAAAGUUUGCUGUGUAGAGAUGCUAUGUAGAGAGGUAUACAAUGUACAGUCUUCAAGAAAAAAGAUUAAGAAAAUCCUGAAAUCUGACAAAGUAGAUAAGUAAGGGAAGAUCAGCAAGGAUGGUGUCAAGGUGAGUUGCAAAGCUUGAGUGGAUCAAGAAACCUGUUUGAACAACAAAGGAUUGAGGUGUGUGUUAGAUGAAGAGCAGUUUGCAACAGCAGGGAAGAGCUUAGCGGAUUGCAGGGUGGGAUCAACAUCUGGGCAGAGUUGUUGAAGCUGAACAUUUGCUAAUCUGGAACGAGAACUUUGCACCAAGAAAGCAAAGUUUGCCGAUAUAAAAUGGAGCGCACACUAGAUCUGGAGUUCCUUUUGCAACAUGAGCAUCUUGUGCAAGAUGCACAGAUCUGCUCCCAGAUAAGAUGCAAAGCAACAAGUCUGUACCAAGAUGCAAGAAAAGGUGAUCUAUCUGCUAAAAGUCUGUCCUCUUUUAAUAAUAAUAAUAAUGAUAAUAAUUUUAUACCCCACCCAUAUUGUGUGUGCUUAAGGAACUGUGGGUUGGAAGAGUAACCCAACAAUGCUCUUACAAGAAGUCCUUGAGCCGUUGUGGUACAGUUUCAACCAGGGUUGAAAUCCCCACUCAGGCAUGAUGGCAAUCACUAAGCCAGGGUUUCCCAAACUUGGAUCUCCAGCUAUUUUUGGACUACAAUUCCCAUGAUCGCUGAGCACUGGUCCUGCUAGCUAGGGAGGAUGGGAGUUGUACUCCAAAAACAGCUGGAGACCCAAGUUUGGGGAACCCUGCCCUAAGCUAUCUAACUCAUCCUUUUAUAUGGAUGGAACAGUGUUCGAAACUCCCGUUGUUCUAGGCGCAUUUUGCGACAGGGAAUUUCAUUAGCAUGAGCAGUUUCUGAGCUCUGGGCGCAGUACUGCGCCUAAAAUUUCAGAUUAAAACUGUGGAGUGGAAGGAAAGGAGGACCUUUUUCUGCCUCCCCACUUCUAGCUACUUGCUGACGACUGGAGAAGAGACCCUCUUAAGAACAUUAGAGAGGUGGGCAAGGGAAGGACUAGACCAUGUGAAAAAUGAACAUAACAUUUCAGCUUUGUACUCUUGUUAUUAAAAUGCAUGCUUAGACAUUCCGUUUCUGCACCCAUGACUUUGGUUUAAGGUGCCAUUUAGCUCCUAGCUCUCAUAACACUGGGAUAGAAUGGGAUAGAAUAACUUUAAUAAAAUUCUUCUUCUUCUUCUUCUACUACUACUACUACUACUACUACUAAACGAAUAACUUGAAUUUCACAACUGAAGGGCUGACACAGAGAAUGCCCUUUUCUGGGCUAACUCCUGCCCCCACAAAAAAACUUUUGAGGGAGGUGCAGGGGAGCACCAAUUUCUGGCAAGAUCUCCCAAGUUCCAUGAGAUCUCCUGAUAUUUCGAUGAAAUCUUGCCGGAAAUAAUCGCUGAUGCUGACAUCGCUUCAGGGGCUUAGGCCGUCUGAGGCAGCUGCUUCACCCUGCCUUGUGUGUGGGCCGGCCUGGGUGAGCUGGAGCUACGAAAAGGGUCCCCUCUGCUGAUCCUAGCACCUGGGAGGGUCUGUUCUGUAGGGAAGGAGGUGGUAUUUCAGAUACUUGGGGACCUAAGUCUUUCAGGGCUUUAAACACCAUUGAGAGCACAUUAAAUCGGUUCUAGAAACAAACUGGCGGCCAGUGUAGCUGUUUUAGAAUGCAGGUUACGUGAGUUCUGAAGGAAACCCCUGCUAAGAAUCUUGCAUUUUGGGCUGGUUGAAGUUCCCGAGUUGUCUUCUAGGACAGCCCCUUUGGAGCAUGGAGUACCAUGGCAAGUCAUCUCUGUCCAAAAGCGUCCAUAGCUGGUGAAUGAUUUGGAGUUGGAAAAAGGCAAUCGGCUCCUGUGGCCACCUGGGGACUAGUGACAGUGCCAAAGUAUAUAUAAAAGGAAGGUGCAAAACUUGCAUUUGGCUGGUCCAAAGCACUAAAGAGCGUGUAAAAACCAACAGACCCAUCACCGUUUUCCUUGAGUUAAAUUGUCAUGGUACAGCUGCCCUUUGUGAGCUGUGGGCAAACUGAAACGUAUCAUUAUGCUCUUUUGCCACUUGCUUGGGUGUUAUAACUGUUUCUGGAAACGAAAAGACACAUUCUCUUGUUUUUUUUAAAUGGGGGGGGUAACGCUAUAAAGAAUGGCAACAACAGUUUCAUGUAUGCAUCUGCUGUGUGUUAUUUCCUGCCGUUAACUCCGUAACAAGAUGCUAAGGCGCGUACGGGGUGUGUGUGCUUCUACACACCAAACAAUAGCAUCCUUUCUUGAAAGGUACCUUGUUAGCAAUUCUGCUAUCACCACCCCCUUUUCCUGGGUUUGCAGCAUGUUUAAGCUAUCACGGCGUCAGUGGCAUUGACAGUUUUCGCACUAAUAAAUGGUCCAAAAGCUUUGGAAAUUCUCGGUGGUGAUUUAGGAGUUACGGCAAACGUAGCACUCUCUAAUUUCACCAUUACAGUUUCCUUGGAUACGGAACAUUUUUGCAUAGAGUUGCAUAGAUGCUUUCUUGCUAUAAUCGUUCCAAUAAGUUGGGGCUUUGGAAGAAGAAGAAGAACGCUCGGAGGCGAAGGCAGAUGAAUGCUUUGUAUUCUCAUCACCAGAGAGGGUGGCAGGGGGAGAGGAGUCUUAACUUUGGCAAUUAAUCUGUGCAGUUUGCUUUGAGUCCAGAGCUGGCUGCAGUUUGAGCCACUGUGGAAAGCUUGGGUUUGUUUAGGGAAGCGUUGGAACUUUGGGUUAUGCUGUGAAUCGUGAGUUGCAACCAAGCAAGUCAAUGCUUGUGUGAAGAUUAUGAAAGAGGGUUUGUCUUCUCUCUGCAUUAAGUCUUGCACUGCUUUGUGUACAGUUACCCUGGUAUAUAUACUGAACGAUAGAGCACCCCGAAAGGAGUGAAUUGGGCUACUGAGGAUUUGCAGAACCUUGUUUAACAGGACGCAAAGAGUUGUCGAUGUAUCUGAUAGCUAGCCAAAGGCUUGUGGAUUUUUGCAUUUUCCCUAGAAAGUGGUAAUCCCAUGUUUAGGUGAGCGUAUUCUGAAAGGAAGUGCAUAGUUUGGUGGCUGUCCUAAAACCCCCCCACAGUGCUAGCUUGAAGACUUCUUAGAUUUAAUUGGUGAGGUUGAUAGAGCAGUGUCUUGCAAAACACAGAACUUGCAGCUAGGGUUCAUGUGGAAUUUUUGACAGUGGUGUAGAAAUAAUUUGUGAGGGAGCUCAUAAUGACAGUCGUACCUUCAUAGCCCCCAAGGAGAGUUGAAAAAUGCAGGUAGCACUGUUGAUUCAUUAUACCUUCUUCUUCUUCUUCUUCUUCUUCUUCUUCUUCUUCUUCUUCGGCAGUCACUCGUAGCCGAGUAAGAUUGUCUUCCAUAAAUAUGGUUUUAACAAUGAGUCCAUAAGUGACUGUGGAGGCCAUUUCUGGACCCACACAUCCUUCCACAGUGGGGACAUUGGUUCCCGGGCGGGAGUUGAUCACGGUGUGGAUUUGCCAAGCGUGCCUUCCUCUUAGCACAUUUCUCCCUUGCGUUCUGAGUUCAAGUGGCUUCAAAGUCCAUGACACCUUUGGUAAAGGCUGUUCUCCAACUGGAUAACAAGUGGUAUUCAUUAUAACACACACACACACCCCCUACAUCCCUAAGCACUGCAUAUCACCAUAGCAAUUUAGUACGGUCAACAUAAGAACAUAAGGAACAGCAGAAGAACAUAGUUCAGGCCAAUGGCCCACCUAGUUCAGCAUCCUGUUCUCACAGUGGCCAACCAGAUGCCUGUGAGAAGCUUGAUUGUAAUCCUAUGGACAGUUUCUUAGGAGUAAGGGCCACUCAAUUUAGUGGCGCUUACCACCGACUGCAUCAGUUCAGCUUGCAAAACACAUUGCAAUCCCACCCCCGGGAGCAAGGCCUGUUUGGAGAAGGUGAACAAACUGGAAAAGACAACGUUCCGGUAUUAAAAAAAAUGUGGCCAUAGCUUUAUUGGCUCCAGAUGUAGGUAGGAUUUGGGCAUAUACCCCUCUCAGCCUCCUGUUGGAGGACUGAGGCACGGCAGGGUUGAUCAUGCGAUAGAUGGUUCCAUCGCAAGACACGGUCCCUACGUGGAUGGAAGGAAGCUCUGUGGCCCAUCUGCCUCUGGCCUUGGCUUCUGGGCAGAGACUUUGGUUUCUCUGGUACUUCUGCCACUGAUGCCAUAGCUCACGCUGUGGGGAAAAAAAUGUCCUGGGAAUGGCUUAUGGAAUAUUUGCAAAGAAAUUGUUAACAGAUAAGAAAAUUGGCAGGAUUAUUGUAAUAACCUGCAGGUUUUUUUAAGAGCAUAUAUUUAAAGCAGAUGAAUAAAUGAGCAAAUUAAAUUAAUUUGGAUAUGCAGAAGUAUGAAAAAUAAAUAUAAGGAACUGCAGAAAGGAAGGGGGAGGAAGUCAAAUUCUGAAACGUCAAAAUGAUUGUAAAAUUAUUGAAAUAUAUAAAACUGAAAAUCAUAAAUAAAAUAUAAAAAAAGAAAAAAAGUCCUGGGGCCAUGAUCCCACCACAUUUACCCUCAACUAAACAACUGAAAAUGGGAUUAUGAUUAUGAUUUCCAUUUAUAUACCACCCUUUAUCAAAAGAUUUUAGGGAAUUAUUAUAGGGAAUGUAUGUACAACUACAGCAAACAAGUAAGACAAUAAUAAUAAUAAUAAUAAAUUGCUCCAUGGGAAAGGAGUCCUGUCUGUCUGUCUGUCUGUCUGUCUGUCUGUCUGUCUCUCUCUCUACCUACCUACCUACCUAUCUAUCAUCUAUCUAUCUAUCUAUCUAUAUCUAUCUAUCUAUAUCUAUCUAUCUAUCUAUCCAUGCACACAUACAUACAUACAUACAUACAUAUACAUACAUGGCACAAUUUUCAUCUGAGAUGCCCUCCAGGCAAAUGGCUGUCCACACAUACCUUUCCCCAUGAAGGGACUGUAUUUCUUAAGCUUCCAGAUCUGAACCAGCCCACACAUAAAACCCGCUGUGUCAGCAUUUAUUCUCAAAACUUACUUCCGUGAUGGCCUCUUGGCAAAGGCUAUUGAUAAGCAAGCAGUAGCUUUCUGCCUCCUGCAUAGGAAGGCUCCUUGAGGUUCCUUUAUAAACAUUUUUCUUUUAGACGAGCAAUAUAUCUCCCAGUUCAUUUAAUAAAAUAAAGUCAUUGUCUCUGAGGCGUAGAAAGCACAGAUAAUACUACAAUAUCAUUUGGACAUAAAUUCUUGGGACAGGUGCAAAAUGGAGGUUUUUUUUGCAGCCGCCUUGGCUUUAUUGAAAUUCCGUUCAUAAAGCUUCCAGCUUUCGAAUGCCAAAAGCUGUUUCAGGCUUCCUUUUUAGAAAAUGACAUAUAGAAAUGUAUUAUGCCCAUAGUAGUUACUCUUGUGUGACACAAGCGUCAGCUUCUGUAAGGGAGGAAUGCUACUGCGGUGGAGGCUUUUAAUAUAUAUCCACGUCUGUGUAAAGUUUAAAGUUGUCAUGGAGGCUGAAUAUAUAUACAUUUCUGUACCAGAAGCACAGCUUGCCAGCUUGCAUUGCAAACCUGGCAGGCUUUGGAGAGCAGCCACUUUUGCCCACCCAGGGAGGCUGCAAAACCAAGUAAAGCUGCACUGCAGAUUUUGCAGGCCCAGGUAGACCUUUGAACCAGAAGGCAUCUCAAGUCCCUGGUGGUCCAAUAUACAGAGCUGGAGGGGAUGUGUUCUGGGCUUUGUAGGCUGAAUAUUGUCAAGCCUGCUGUAUGCCCGGAAUAUGUGCAGUGUUAGACAGCCCAUCCUAAGUGUGGUUAAGUGCACACCGUACAAAACUCAAGAUAUAUAAGCUAAGCACCAAAUGGUUCCUUAAACCAGUUGCCAAAACGGAAUGACUAGUUGCCAUUUUGGGGCCAGACGGCUCAAAAGUCAUAUAUAAUAUACUCGGAGUCGAGUGUGGAUUUCAUGCUCUUUAUUCAGCUCAUAGUAGUGAGGAAUGGAAGUUCCCUCAGAGUGUCUGCUUUAUAUACCGUAUUUUUCGCUCUAUAGGACGCACUUUUUCCCCUCCAAAAAUGAAGGGGAAAUGUGUGUGCGUCCUAUGGGGCGAAUGCAGGCUUUCGCUGAAGCCUGGAGAGCGAGAGGCGUCGGUGCGCACCGACACCUCUCGCUCUCCAGGCUCCAGGAAGCUAUCUGCAAGCCUUGCGCACCCGGGGGGAGUUCCCCCGGGCAUGCAAGGCUUGCGGGCGGCAGCCUGCAGCGCGGAGCAUGGGGCGCCCUCCGGAGGACGCCCCAUGCUUUGCGCAGGUGUCCGCAAGCCUUGUGUGCGGCAGCCUGCAGCGCGGAGCACGGGGCGCCCUCCGGAGGACGUCCCGUUCUUCGCGCAGGUGUCGGCAAGCCUUGCGCACCCGGGGGAUCUGCCUCGGGAGCGCAAGGCUUGCGGGUGGCAGCCUGCAGCGCGGAGCACGGGGCGCCCUCCGGAGGACACCCCGUGCUUCGCGCAGGUGUCUGCAAGCCUUGCGCACCUGGGGGAUCUUCCCCCGGGAGCGCAAGGCUUGCGGGCGGCACCCUGCAGCGCGGAGCAUGGGGCGCCCUCCGGAGGACGCCCCGUGCUUCGCGCAGGUGUCUGCAGCCUGCCGCCCAGCUCAUGGGGCGCCCUGAAGCAGAGCGCCCCUCACGCCAGGCAGACAUCGGCCAGUCCCACAAGCUCGGGGGACAACGGGGAGGCGCAGCGCCACCAUCCCACUGUUCCCCGACCUGGUUUGGGGGGGAAAUAAAGGAAAAAUUUUUUUCCUUUAUUUCCCCCCCAAAAAAGUAGGUGCGUCCUAUGGGACGGAGCGUCCUAUGGAACGAAAAAUACGGUACAUAAUUCCGGGAUUCUCCUGUAGGCCAGUCAGGUUGCGGAUUCACUUCCAACUGGAGCUGGAUUGGGUGGCUCCUGCGGACCAAUCAGACUGCUGCAUUCUGGAUCCUAUUAUUCUAGGGCCAAUCAGACUGCUGCAUUUUGGAUCCUAUUCAACUCAGUACAUAACAGUUUCAAUACGACUUUUUGGCUCCUGAAAUUCAUUUUGAUUGUGCAGAUAAAAUAUAACGGAUAGAAUUCUACGGGAUGUGUUGCUUGCGUGGGAAAACAGUCAAGAUCCAAGGAUCCCCAGGCAUGCACUUCCAGAUGGUGGAGACGUCAGGCACCAUCCUGGCACCCUGGCAUCUUCACUUGGUCGCAAGCAGCCGAUAGCCAAGUGCAAAAUGUGCCUGGCUAAUUUCUAAUGCUGACCCUACCCCACAACGCACCUGACCUGGUCAGAAUUAAACACAGCCGGGGCAGGAGUGGUAUUGGGACUGCUGGUGAGCUGGCAUCUUUAGACACUUUCCUGGGGCUGAACAAGUUCUGCUGCAGCCAGCGGAUAUUGGGGUGGGAUGAAAGAAAGAGCUGGUCUCUGCAGGAGCUGGUGAUGGUCGCAGUGACAGCCACAACUACAAUUGCAGUAGAGAUUCCAUCCAACAUAUUCCCACCUAUGAAGGAGUGAGUUUGUGGGGAGCUGCCCAUUAGAUGAAGCAGGCAGGGACUCUGGGCACCUGAAGAGUGGCCAUUCUACUGAGGCCGUGCCAACUUACACUGGGGACUUGAUCAUCAUAAUUUGAACUAGUUUUCUCCUGUUCUGAGGUUCUUGCUUCUGACUGAAGGCAUUCGCCUCUUUCCUUUUCACAAAGAAACCUAUGCAGGGACAAGUCUGAAACCACCAUUGUAGCGUAACGAUAUCAUGUCUUGUGAUUAAAGAUGGGUGAAUCUGUCAAUUGUGGCGUUUCUCAGUUUUUCACCUUAAGUUUAGUUCUCUUACAUUUCUACAUCAGUUCACGAUGACUUUUCUUUUUAAAAGUCUUGUGAAGAUUCACCAGCAUUUUAGUGCAAGGUGCACACAUUUUUGUACACAGCUUUGGCCAAUAUACAUACUUUUGCAAAGCAUCUUUUGCUGAAAUAAUACAGUUUUACACACUAUUUUCACCAGCAGAUGCAUUUCUUGUUUUAAUAUUUUAUUAAGGAUUUUCUUGUUUUACAGAAGUAAGUGUAAUACCUCGUAUUUUUUUUCCAUGUAACAUUUUUACAAAUCGGUUUCAUUUGUUGAGACAUUAGGGGGAGAAGAAAAAAAAGGGGGGAGAAAGGGGGUGGAGGGAGGGAAGAUGGAUGGGGGUGGGGUCGGGUGGCGAUGUUUCUAUUAUGCUUAAUUUAUGUUUGGUGUCAGCGUUGCUUGUGUUGUUCACUUGUGUUCCUUUGGUGGUGAGAGCAGCAGAUGCAUUUCUAAGCACACUUUACCUUACGGAGUUUUGCAUGCAUUGCAUGUCUGAAGAACCGCAGUGCAAAAUUUGGAGAAGUGUGAAUUUUGGAAGAUGACUGGGUUUUUUUAGUUCACAAAUUAUUUCGGAAAGUUCAAGUUGGGUAGAUUGGCCUUUAAAUGUGAACUGAAUCAAAUCUCCUUCCUCAGUCCUACUUGCCAUGUCACUCUGUCCUUGCCUUUUCCUUUACUAUAUUUUGUGCAUCUUGGAGGGGCUUGUUUCCUGGUCAGUGUGUUGUGGGGUGUCUUUUGCUAAAAUCAUCUAAACUUGUUUCCUGGUAGUCUAGGGCAGCUUCUAGAUUUUCCUGUGAUACUUCCUUUUAUGCAUGAACGCUGAAAAUAUCCGCGCUUUUCUGUUCCACAGCAUAUUUGCUGAAUCAGAUAAGUCUCCCAAACCAGGGAGCAAGCUUGCAAGCAUUUUUGUGGCAUGUGGAAAUGAAAAGCAAUUGUAGAUGUGAUGCAAAAGAAUUUUUUUGAAGGGAAUAUGCACAUUUGAGCCCAUGCAGCAUAUUCUGAAAAGGCAAGAUGUUUGUUGUUGUUGUUGUUGCUGUUUAGUCGUGUCUGACUCUUUGUGACCCCAUGGACCAGAUCACGCCAGGCACUCCUGUCUUCCACUGCCUCCCGCAGUUUGGUCAAACUCAUGCUGGUAGCUUCGAGAACACUGUCCAACCAUCUCAUCCUCUGUCGUCCCCUUCUCCUUGAGCCCUCCAUCUUUCCCAACAUCAGGGUCUUUUCCAGGGAGUCUUCUCUUCUCAUGAGGUGGCCAAAGUAUUGGAGCCUCAGCUUCACGAUCUGUCCUUCCAGUGAGCACUCAGGGCUGAUUUCCUUAAGAAUGGAGAGGUUUGACCUCUCAAGAGUCUCCUCCAGCACCAUAAUUCAAAAGCAUCCAUUCUUUGGCGAUCAGCCUUCUUUAUGGUCCAGCUCUCACUUCCAUACAUCACUAUUGGGAAAACCAUAGCUUUAACUAUAUGGACCUUUGUUGGCAAGGUGAUGUCUCUGCUUUUUAAGAUGCUGUCUAGGAGCAGGAACCGGCAAGCCACUCUAGUAUCCCUGCCAAGAAAACUCCAUGGACAGAGACAACAGGCAUAUAAAAGGCAAGAUAGCAACAAAAAAAUUACUGGUGUCUCUUUAUUUACAUGUUACAUACGUAGCUCACAGGGCCGUGGAUUUGGCAGUGUAGUUAGGACGGCUAGGAAUAUGCUCAGAAUGCGCUCAGCCUUUGGAAAAGAAAAGAGCAAAAGAAUACGCUGUGGAUUUAGGACACAUGGAGAUUUAGGACAUAUGGAGUCCCUGUCACUUUUGUGGGCACAUCACAUUGUAUUGAGUUAUUUAGACUUCAGCGUUUGACAAGGACUUAAAAUUCUACAGCUUGCUUGCAUUCUGUCACCAGACUCUGUCGGGUGGCCGAGUGAAGUACCCAAGUGCUCACUUUGACGUUUUAAAUUAUUGAUUUGAAGACCCUGGUCUCUGAACUUAAAAAGGCCACUUUUUGAAUGUUAACGAGCAUGAUUAGGAAAUAGUAUCCUAGAGUCUUAGAGCUGGAACGAUCUGAAGUUUCAGCUAGUCGAAGUCAGACACAAUACAUUAACCCCCGUCUCUUGAGGAUAUGAAUGCAUUAGGAAUCUUUUUAUGAGCAACAGUUGGAAAAAAUGUCUUUCUGCCCUUGAAGAUAGGAAGCGCUCUCUCUCUCUCUCUCUCUCUCUCUCUCACACACACACACACACACAGAGAGAGAGAGAGAGAUACAGACAGAUGCACACACAGAGAAAGUAUUAUAAUAAUAAUUUAUUAUUUAUACCCUGCCCAUCUGGCUGAGUUUCCCCAGCCACUCUGGGCGGCUCCCAAUCAAGUUUUAAAAACAGGGCUGCCUUCAGAUGUCUUUUAAAGAUAGGAUAGCUGCUUAUUUCCUUCACAUCUGAAGGGAGGGUGUUCCACAAGGUGGGCGCCACUACCAAGAAGGCCCUCUGCCUGGUUCCCUGUAACCUCACUUCUCGCAAUGAGGGAACCGCCAGAAGGCCCUCGGCGCUGGAUCUCAGUGUCCAGGCUGAACGAUGGGGGUGGAGGCGCCCCUUCAGGUAUACUGGACCGAUGCCAUUUAGGACUUUAAUGGUUAGCACCAACACUUUGAAUUGUGCUCAGAAACGUACUGGGAGCCAAUGCAGAUCUCUCAGGACUGGUGUUAUGUGGUCCCAGUGGCCACUCCCCGUCACCAGUCUAGCUGCCGCAUUCUGGAUUAAUUGCAGUUUCCGGGUCACCUUCAAAGGUAGCCCCACAUAGAGCGCAUUGCUGUAGUCCAAGCGGGAGAUAACUAGAGCAUGCACCACUCUGGCGAGACAGUCCGCAGGCAGGCAGGUAGGGUCUUCGCCUGUGUACCAGAUGGAGCUGGCAGACAGCCGCCCUGGACACAGAAUUAACCUAUGCCUCCAUGGAUAGCUGUGAGUCCAAAAUGACUCCCAGGCUGUGCACCUGAUCCAUUCAGGAUCAGGGAAUCCCCCCCACCUGCCCACCCCCUGUCCCCCCAAAACAGUACUUCUGUCUUGUCAGGAUUCAACCUCAAUCUGUUAGCCGCCAUCCAUCCUCCAACCGCCUCCUACCGUAUUGUCUAUCACAGGGGUGGGGAACCUGUUGCUGAUGGUCUCCGAGAUAAAUCUGGGAGUUAUCAUCUCACCAUAUCUGAAGGGCGGCUGGUUCCCCAUGUAUGAGCUUGAUACAUAGGGGUGUGUGUGUGUGUGUGUGUGUGUGUGUGUGUGGUUUUUUGGUAGAUAAAUUUUAUAUUUGGACUCUCUGUUGAGCUGCAGCUGAACCAAAGUUAGAUUAAGUGUCUAUGGACAAGUUACAGUUUCUCAGGGUAAUGUUAUUGUAGUGUGGAUGGUGAAGUGGGGCUCUGUGUGUUUCUUUCUAUUCCUUGGGAGAUGUGUGGAUACAUAGAUACUUUAAAAAACAAAACCCUCCAAAAUAAAUACGGUUCCCUUUGGAAUACCUGAGCAGAGGUUGAUCCACCUGCUAAUGCCAAGAGCAUUUAUGGGAUUUACGCAACAUGCUUGGAGCUAUGGCUGUUUGUGUGGAAAUGAAAGGACUUAGAGAAGGAAGAAAAAAUAGCCGCUAGUAGCCUUCUCUAAGAGCUUGUGCAAAUGUUUACACAGUGUUCUAAUAGCACUUCCCAUGCUUCUGCUUGUGAAAGAGAUUGCACCAAUAAGCAGCACAUUCGGAUUUAGCUUCACUAUAUUCACAUGUUUCUGUUAUAUUUUUUCGCCCUAUAGGACGCACUUUUUCCCCUCCAAAAAUGAAGGGGAAAUGCGUGUGCGUCCUAUGGGGCGAAUGCAGGCUUUUGCUGAAGCCUGGAGAGCGAGAGGGGUCGGUGCGCACCGCCCCCUCUCGCUCUCCAGGCUUCAGGAAGCUCUGCGCAACCCUCGGGACAAAGUCCCGCCUGGCUCCCGAUGGCCGCACAGAGCUGCCUCCAGUCCCAGGCUCAGCGCAGCUCUGCGCGGCCAUCGGGAGCCGGGCGUGAAGUCCCGCCUGGCUCCCGAUGGCCACACAGAGCUGCCUCCAGUCCCGGGCUCAGCGCAGCUCUGUGCGGCCAUCGGGAGCGGGGCGCGAAGUCCCGCCCGGCUCCCGAUGGCUGCGCAGAGCUGCCUCCAGUCCCGGGCUCAGCGCACUUCUCCCCAUCGCCAGCCCCACAAGCUCGGGGGACAGCAGGGAGGUGGAGCGCGCCUUCCCGCUGUUCCCCGACCUGGUUCUUCCAGCCCCGCACCUGGGGGGGAAAUAAUUUUUUUUUCUUUAUUUCCCCCCCAAAAAACUAGGUGCGUCCUAUGGGCCGGUGCGUCCUAUGGGGCGCAAAAUACGGUAUAUAUAUAAGGGUCUGGUGACUUCUGUUUCAGUGUAUCUGAAGAAGUGUGCAUGCACAUGAAAGCUCAUACCAAUAACUAACUUAUUUAUUUAUUUUAUUUUAUUUUAUUUAUUUAUUAUGUUUCUGUAUUGUAGCCCUUCUUCUAACCUUCUUCUAUGUGUGGAAGGCCAUCUUUUGAGCUAGCCUAGUUGGCUCAGUUGACAUAACUGCAGACUAUGGUUUGUGCCUUCAGAAACGAGGAGUGGCACAUCUUAAACUCACUUGUGCCCUUAUACUCCUUCGUGAGUAGCAGAAGGAGAUAAGAAAUUUCUCCUCCUAGUUUAUCUCAAACCAUACUGUGUUUUGGGGCCCUGACUUGGGGGGAAGAACAAUGGUUUGUGCAAUCCAUUGUUCACCGUAUAGGGAUGAAUAGGCAGAUGGGUGUACAGUCGUACCUUAGAUCUCGAAUGGAAUCAUAGAAUCAUAGAAUCAUAGAAUCAUAGAGUUGGAAGAGACCACAAGGGCCAUCGAGUCCAACCCCCUGCCAAGCAGGAAACACCAUCAGAGCACUCCUGACAUAUGGUUGUCAAGCCUCUGCUUAAAGACCUCCAAAGAAGGAGACUCCACCACACUCCUUGGCAGCAAAUUCCACUGUCGAACAGCUCUUACUGUCAGGAAGUUCUUCCUAAUGUUUAGGUGGAAUCUUCUUUCUUGUAGUUUGGAUCCAUUGCUCCGUGUCCGCUUCUCUGGAGCAGCAGAAAACAACCUUUCUCCCUCCUCUAUGUGACAUCCUUUUAUAUAUUUGAACAUGGCUAUCAUAUCACCCCUUAACCUCCUCUUCUCCAGGCUAAACAUGCCCAGCUCCCUUAGCCGUUCCUCAUAAGGCAUUGUUUCCAGGCCUUUGACCAUUUUGGUUGCCCUCCUCUGGACACGUUCCAGUUUGUCAAUGUCCUUCUUGAACUGUGGUGCCCAGAACUGGACACAGUACUCCAGGUGAGGUCUGACCAGAGCAGAAUACAGUGGCACUAUUACUUCCCUUGAUCUAGAUGCUAUACUCCUAUUGAUGCAGCCCAGAAUUGCAUUGGCUUUUUAGCUGCCGCGUCACACUGUUGGCUCAUGUCAAGUUUGUGGUCAACCAAGACUCCUAGAUCCUUUUCACAUGUACUGCUCUCAAGCCAGGUGUCACCCAUCUUGUAUUUGUGCCUCUCAUUUUUUUGCCCAAGUGCAAUACUUUACAUUUCUCCCUGUUAAAAUUCAUCUUGUUUGUUUUUGCCCAGUUCUCUAAUCUGUCAAGGUCGUUUUGAAGUGUGAUCCUGUCCUCUGGGGUGUUAGCCACCCCUCCCAAUUUGGUGUCAUCUGCAAAUUUGAUCAGGAUGCCCUUGAGUCCAUCAUCCAAGUCGUUGAUAAAGAUGUUGAAUAAGACCGGGCCCAAGACAGAACCCUGUGGCACCCCACUAGUCACUCUUCUCCAGGAUGAAGAGGAACCAUUGAUGAGCACCCUUUGGGUUCGGUCAGUCAGCCAGUUACAAAUCCACUGAGUGGUAGCAUAGUCAAGACCACAUUUUACCAGCUUCUUUACAAGAAUAUCAUGAGGCACCUUGUCAAAUGCCUUGCUGAAAUCAAGGUAGGCUACAUCCACUGCGUUCCCUUCAUCUACCAGGCUUGUAAUUCUGUCAAAAACGAGAUCAGGUUAGUCUGACAUGACUUAUUUUUCAGAAAUCCAUGCUGACUAUUGGUGAUCACAGCAUUCCUUUCUAGGUGCUCACAGACUGUUUGCUUAAUGAUCUGCUCCAGAAUCUUCCCUGGUAUUGAUGUCAGACUGACUGGGCGGUAAUUAUUUGGGUCCUCUCUUUUCCCCUUUUUGAAAAUAGGGACAACAUUUGCCCUCCUCCAGUCUGCCGGGACUUCGCCCGUUCUCCAGGAAUUCUCAAAGAUGACUGCCAGUGGUUCUGAGAUCACAUCUGCCAGUUCUUUUAAUACUCUUGGAUGCAGUUCAUCUGGCCCUGGAGACUUGAAUACAUCUAAACUAGCCAAGUAUUCUUGUACUAUCUCCUUAGUUAUUCUGGGCUGUGUUUCCUUUGCUGAAUCAUUUGCUCCAAAUUCUUCAGGUCGGGCAUUGUUUUCUUUAUCGGAGAAGACUGAGGCAAAGAAGGCAUUGAGGAGUUCAGCCCUUUCUGUGUCCCCUGUUUGCAUUUCACCAUCUUCUCCUCUGAGUGACCCCACUGUUUCUUUGUUCUUCCUUUUGCUACUGACAUACCCAUAAAAGCCUUUUUGUUGCUUUUAACCUCUCUAGCAAGCCUGAGUUCAUUCUGUGCUUUAGCUUUUCUGACUUUGUGUCUACACGUGCUGGCUAUCUGUUUGAAUUCCUCUUUGGUGGUUUCCCCCUUUUCCAUUUUUGUACACAUCCUUUUUAAAUCUUAACUCAGUUAAAAGUUCUUUAGAUAGCCACCCUGGCUUCUUUAGGCACCUUCCAUGUUUCUGUCUCAUUGGUAUUGCCUGACGUUGUGCUUUUAGUAUCUCCCUCUUAACAAACUCCCAGCCAUCAUGAACUCCCUUUCUUUUUAGUAUUACUGUCCAUGGGAUCUCACCCAGCACUUCCCUAAGUUUUAUGAAGUCAGCUUUCUUAAAGUCAAGAAAUUGAGUCCUAGUAUGCUUGGCUGCUCCUUUCCGCUGUAUAGUAAACUUCAGAAGAGCAUGAUCACUCGCACCUAAUGAUCCUUCCACUUCUACCCCACUAACCAGGUCAUCAACAUUGGUUAGGACCAGAUCUAAAAUGGCUGUUCCUCUUGUUGCUUCUCCCACUUUCUGGACAAUGAAGUUGUCUGCAAGGCCAGUGAGGAAUCUGUUUGACCUUAUGCUCUUGGCUGAGUUUGACAACCAACAAAUAUCCGGGUAAUUGAAGUCCCCCAUUACUACUAUCUCCCUUCCUUUUGCAUGCUUGGCCAUCUGUUCCAGGAAGGCAUCAUCUAUGUCCUCCGUUUGGCUUGGGGAUCUAUAGUAAAUUCCCACAAUGAGGUCACUGUUAUUCUUCUCUCCCUUAAUUUUGACCCAAAUGCUCUCACUUUGGCUUUGAGGUUCUAAAUCUUGGAUCUCUUCACAGGUAUACACAUCCCUGACAUAUAACGCCACUCCUCCUCCUUUCUUGUCUGGUCUGUUUCUCUGAAAUAGAUUGUAUCCCCCAUUAUUACAUUCCAAUCGUGGGACUUAUCCCACCAGGUUUCAGUGAUGCCUAUUAUGUCAUAUUUAGUUUGCUGUACCAAGAGCUCAAGCUCAUCUUGUUUAUUUCCCAUGCUUUGCGCAUUAGUGUACAGACAUUGAAGUCCAUUAAUCAUUCCCCGUGUCUCUUAUUUAAGGAUUUUUCCUCCCACCACUAGGUCUGUGUGCUGUUUGCUCCAUUUGGUCUAUGACAUUUGGAUGAUCAUCUUCAUCAAUUGAUAGACUCCUACCUUCAGGAGCACUGUCUCCCUCCCCACAUUAGUCAGUUUAAAGCCCUCCUGAUGAGGUUUCUGAGAUUUUGGCAAAAACAUUUCUCCCAACCGUUGUGAGGUGCAGCCCAUCGCUUGCCAGAAGUCCAUCUUCAAGAAACUGCAGUCCGUGAUCUAAGAAUCCAAACCGUUCCUGUUUACACCAUUUGCGAAGCCAGCUGUUCACUUCCACUAUUUUCCCCUCUCUCCCUGGGCCACGUCGUUCAACUGGGAGGACAGAUGAGAUCACAAUUUGUGCAUUUAAUUGUUUCAAUUUCCUGCCCAGAGCCUCGUAGUCUCUUUUGAUCUUCUGGAGGCUAUUGCUUGCAGUGUCAUUGGUUCCCACAUGAACCAAGAGGAAGGGGUAUUUGUCAGUGGGUUUUAUGAUUCCUUGCAGUCGUUCAGUUACAUCUUGGAUCUUAGCCCCGGGAGACAGCACACUUCCCGAGACAUCUUGUCAGGCCCACAGAUCACUGCUUCUGUUCCCCUCAGUAGGGAAUCCCCUAUCACCACUACACGCCUCCUCUUAGGUUUGGUCGGGGUUCUUCCGUGAGCUGUCCGCUCCAAGGUCACCUGCACAUUCCCUGAGGACUGACUUUGCUGCUCGUCUUCAUAUACCUGAUCGACUGUAAUGAGGGAGAUCCUCAAAUGGAGUCUGCUCUUCGUCUUCCAUGCUAGGGAGAGGACCUCAAAGCGAUUGUGUAUUUCUAAACAAUCAGAGCGAACCCUGGGCCUCCUACUUCUUUGAGUCACGUUUCUCCAUAUAUCUGGCUCCUGUGUUGGUGAACUAGCGUCCUUCUCAGGGGAGUCCCCUGUCUCCUCCUUGGUGGAGACGGUGUGCUCUGUUGCUUCCAAGAAGAGCUCCAGCUCUCUAAUUCUUUGGAGCGUAGCUACACGUUCCUCCAGUUGCUGGACUUUGUCUUUUAAGAGGGCAAUCAACAUGCAAUUGCUGCAGGUAAAGCUGCCUGCAACCUUUGGCAGUCCGUUCUAGAAGUCAGUUCAACUUCUGGCAAGGUUCGAAAACCAAGACACAGCUUCUGAUUUGCUGCAGGAGCUUCCUGCACUCAAUCAGAAGCCGCAUCGGACAUUUGGGUUCCAAAGAGCAUUUGCAAACUGGAACACUCACUUCCGGGUUGCGACAUUCGGGAGCCAAAACGUUUGAGUCGCAAGACGUUCGAAAACCAAGGUACGACUGUGCUGCAAAGUAAAAAGGGAAGCUUCUGAUCUCCGCUUGCAUGCUGAGAGAGGGAAGGUGACGAAGAAGCACGUAGAUCUGAGGCUCCCCAUUCCUUGUACUCUUAAUAUCAAACCGUGGGCUGUCACUGCAUCCUAAUUGAGGAAAUGUAUCUGAGUAGGUGGUCCUUUUCAGAAUGUGAAGAUUGGCUUAUAUUGUCCUUUCAUGUAGUGUCAUUGAUGACCGCCCCCCACCUUUUUCUUGCCUGCCUGCAUUUCUUGUAACCGUUGGUGAAGUUACACGCCGCUGAUAUACCGAGGCAAGGAAAUAGCUCUAAAUUUCAUCAGUAUGGUAAUGAUGUAUUUGUCUUGGACUUGGAAAAUUUGCAUUUACAAGGUGAAUGGCUUCAGAGCUUUCUUAGCACUGCGAGAGACUAGUAUCUGUUGUCAAAGGGUGCUGUUCGCCUAACUAAAGUCACCUUGGCUGGUGCUGUGCAUAUUUGGAGCAUGACUUCCAUUUUUAAUUAACACAGUUGCACAAACGAGAGCUCAUGCCCACCCACCCCUUUUAAUGAAACCCGCGCCGUUCUAAGUAGUUUCCUGCUUGGAUGUUUUAAAACCGCACACAAGUAAUCACACCCUUAAUCUCCCACUUGAAACCAUAAUAUUUAGUUGAGCGGGUUUUCUUCUUCCCAAAAUCAGAAAUGUUUACGAAGUGAUUUUUGCCCGUCCACGUUCUGCUCCUUUGUAAUGGGCUGCGUGUUAUCACAUUACAUUUCCGGCCUUCUAAACGUGGCAUGGCUCUAUAAAACAAAUAACCAACAAGAAAGAGCCUGCAGAAAACAUAUGUUCUUCUUGUUCCCUCAAAGAAUCCUGUUUGCCUGGCUGAACAGUCGAGAACUCAGAUCUUCUGAUGCCACAGGUCCGUUUCGGAACAGUUUCUAUCAUCUAAACCUUGAAAACAAGGUUUUGGUUAGGUGUAGUGAACCCGGUUCUGCUCAGAUGCUAUUGGACUCCCAUCAGCCCAGCCAGCAUGCCAAGUGGUCAGGGAUGCUGGAGUUUUAGUCUACCAACAUCUGAAGGGCACCAUGUUGGAUAUCCCCAAUCCCAACUAUGUUUCCAAGGCCUAGCCCUUUGGCUACUAUAAGAAUGGAAGCCUGUGAUCUGACCGGGGUGCCAACUUGAAUAAAAUAUUGGGUGGGGGGGAGGUAAGCCUUGCCCUCAAUAUUUUAUUCAAGUUGGUACCCCUGGUCAGAUGGACCAUGGACACCAUUUGAAUGGCAAUGCCCAUCAACUUUUGGGGGCCCAGCCCCCUCAAAUAUUUUAUGGGGGGGGCAAAGGGACCUCGGCCCUUAGAAGUUGGCCUCUGUAGACCUGGUGCUUCUGUUCAUGGCUGAGGCCAGGAACAUCCAUUGUAUUUGCCACCAAGAUGGUAGGGAGAAAAAUGUCCUCUGUGUAGCAGAUGGCCCAAGGUCCGCAGUAAUGGUAGGAACAAAUUUACCACUUCCCCAUUGUGAAUCUCCAGCUCCGUGGUCCAUGUCUCUUGGCAGCUGCAGAGGAGGUUAACUAAUGCCAAUCUCCCCCUGAUCUCUUUCCUUUAUAGCAGAAAGGAGAAGGGACCAUAGGCCGGUUGUUGUUUUUGGUGACAUCCCAGAAUUCACAUGUUACUUGUCAUCAAGUCAGUGAUGGUGGGAACAAAGUGGAUUUCCCCCCCUGUACACUGCUUAGCUGGUGGAGCAGUUUCUCUGUAUAAUUCCAAUAAUGAGCUAGUCUCUGGCAUGCUGUUCUGUUUUCUCUUGGCUGGGCUUAUUGUUUUUGCCGCUGCUAUUGAUUUUGCUAUUUUUAUUUUGUGCAUAUUUGUGUACGUUUUCAGUGUUCUGAAAUUUACUAGGCUGCCGUGGGAAUUUUAUUGAAGGGUUGGGUAUGAAUCCCCAAAAUAAAGAAAUGCAGUUUUUUAAAAAUGCUCUUCUGUGAACGUUAGGGAUGUAGAAAGGCAGCGAUUUUCCUUCCGAUCUGUAUGCAUUACUGUCAGCACUGUUUUUAUCCUACUGUUUCAGUUCAGUUUCUGCCAAAUAUUUGUCUCACUGUCAGCUAUUUAAUGUGAGUUAUACAGGUUUCCCUAGAGGGUAGGACCUUAAACAAGAUUCAGAUAGCAAGAAAGAGGAUUUUGGCUUAAUGGAAGGAAGAACUUGAUAAUGACAUGAGCAGCUAGACCAGGAGGAACCAAUGUGUUGCCCUCCAUAAGUUGUUGCAAUCCAACUUCAGCUUCAGCCAGCAUGACUAGGGAUGAUUGGGGUUAUAGUCCAACAGCAAUUGGAGACUACCAUGUUGGCAGCCCUGCUGGUCAGUAAUCACACAGUUCAAAGAUGGAGCUAACUCUUUAUCAGCAAAAACACAGUCUCCACAGACUUGACUGAUUCUCAGGCCUAAUGAACAGAGCAGCUCAUUCCCAGUGGUCUUCCUCCAUGAAAAUCAGUUGCAGAGACUGAAAGUCCCUACCUUCUCACCAGGGCUUUCCCCAAGCAUCUGAGACCUUGCCUGCGUGCAACCCUGUCUCCACCCUUUUCAUGCCUCUUCUGGUUCUGGGUUAAAAGCAGAGAUAAGAUCUUGCUGCAGCCGAAGACACCCGUGACUCUUCAUUAGCCUGACUCAUCUCUGUGUCUUGGCCUCCCUCAUCCCCAUCUUCUGCUUCAGCUUCUGCCUCUGAUUCUGGACUUCUCUCUGCCACAGACUCUCCCAGCUCACUAAGUCCUGUUGCCUCUUCAGCUUCAGACACCUCCUCCCCUCAAUCUUCUCCCACUUCAUUGUCCUACCACCACGCCCUGGGCUGUGCCAUCUUUCUUUGGUGGUUUCCCACCUGGUUCCUCCCACCUUUCCUCUACAUCCAAGCAGUCCACGAUACCCUGAGUGAGACAGUGCAACAGGCUGUCCCAGAAGGGGGUGGACUUGCCUUCAUUUUUGACACUUUUUAGCAGUAGAUGGAUGACCACCUGUCAGAGAUGUUGUAGCAGUAGAUUUUCUGCCCUGUCAGGUGUUGAACUAGAGAACCUUUGAGGUCUGUUCCGCUCUAUGAUUCCCUGAAUGCUUUCUUAGUCCAGUCCAACCUGCCUGACAACAUAGCUAUACUUGUCGCUUUCCCUGAUACCACCAGCGAAGGAGCCUUGAAAGCUGUGAGGUUCCUGGCUGCUCAGACUUGCCAGGGAUCAAUACAAGGUGGAAGAAAGGAGUAAUGUAUGAAAGUAAACAGUUUGAAAAAGCUGCAUGUCUUGACGAAACACACAGGAGAGUUGAUCAGGUAUUAUUGAUUAAUGCGCUUUGCAGUUGAAUAUAGACUGGGGUCGGAGCUAAGGUGCUUUGUGGGAGUGUUGUAACAUCAUUGCAAUAAAUCGAUUUCCACUAGUAUUUAAAAACCAGCAGCAGAGUUACAGAAUUAUACUCAGUUUGAAAGGACGCCUGUGGUCUGAAAUCAUGCCAUAAAAAAUUGUGCGCAGCUCAUAGAAAUUUCCACUCUUAUCAGAGGCAGCGUCCUCUCUUUUCUGCGCCCUGCUAUUUUUGAUGUUUUAAAGUCUCACCAAAAUUAUGGCCACUCCACUGCCAGUGUCAUAGAUGAGCGUUCAUGGUGUAUAGCAAACGAUGGGUGUUUUCAUAACUGAAGUCCAUUAGCUUGUUUCAUGGAACAAGAUAACUGAGUGUCCGAGAUUCAGGGAAGCAUCAGGAAUCAGUAGGGAACAAGGUGCUUUUCACCAAACAACCUAACCUGUGAUUUGUUCUUUGUCCAGCAUAUCCUUUGUAAAUUGAAUAAGAAGAGCACGCUGUCUUGGUGAAAUAUUGGCUGUCGUUAUUUAUAGGCCAGAAAAAAUAUUUUCCUGAAAUUAAUAGCAUAAAAAACCCCACACAGGGGGAUUACUUAAACAGGAGAAUUUAUCCUAGGGAAAAGUUUGGAAUGGCAGCCUUCGAAGUCACAUUUAAAUUUUUGUUAGGAAAAAUGUUCCAUCGUUAUGUGGGACACAUUAUAUGGCAAGGGAAGGUACAUGGUCAGGGUCAGAUCCAGGUUUGUGGACCCCCGCCCCCAAGUUGUGUCUGAUGCCCCCAACAUUUGGUGAUGCCCACCCACACCCCAGCAACAGUGGGCUUACCAGUGCCAUUGGGCAACAGUAGUGAGCUUCCCAUCAUCCAAAUUAUAUUUAAAUGCCUAGGAGGAUUGCAGAUAAUUUAAAAUGUUGGACAGCUUGCAGUUGAUCUCUGAUAAGUAGAAGCAACUGGGAUGUGCAGGUGGGUGGGCCCAAUCUGUAGCAGGCAUCAGCACUGGUGGACCCUCAGUAGAUACUCAAGGGUGAUAGGUACUGACACCUCUCCUGUACAUAUAUUUUAGGAAGGUCUGGGGCUGCAGUCCUAUGCACUCUCUGUACAUGACUGCAGUGCACUUUGUUCGUAGAGGCCAGGGCAGCUAGGAGCCAGGGUUACUGGGCAGGUUUUGGCACCACCACAACGUUGCAGCAAGUUCAGCUCUUUGCUUUUCCCCAUGUGAGUGAAUGACAGUCCUUCGUGCAUGCGAGAAUAAAGGAUGCGUUUUCAGUUGAAGGUAGAACUUCACCCAUGCUUUUGGUGGUCUCAUUGGCUGGAGGAGGUUCCCAUAUAUCUCCCAGACUUUUCCCCCUUAUUACAGCUUAUUUAUAGGUAUCUAUGGUCGGAGCUGAAGAUCUCACUCAUGCUAGAGUCGGGUUGAGCAGGUUGUGACCCACCAAGAUGUAAACCUGUCAUAUUUGCUCAUCGAAAGUUGAUUUAUGUUUGUGGUCAACCAGCUAUUCUGCAACAUGGGUUGUUCAGGUUUCUCUAGAACAGCAGUUCUCAACCUGUGGGUCCCCAGAUGUUGUUGGACCACAACUCCCAUCAUCCCUGAGCUCGGCCUUGUUAGCUAGGGGUGAUGGGAGAUGUAGUUCAACAACAUCUAGGGACCCACAGGUUGAGAAAGGCUGCUCUAGAAUGUGAUAGACUAUUUGGAGAGUGGGGCAGAAUGUUGGGAACUGAAUUUUUUUUAUAUAAAAAAAUUACAUACUCUAUAAACACAGUUGAAUAAUGGCAGCAUGUGAAAUAUUUGUCUUCCACUAAUCAAUGCCUAUCUUUUCUUAUAGGAUGAAAGAAUGAUGUGAUGGAGAGAAAUAUGGGCCAUUGGUCAGGUCCUUUGGCCCCCACGCCUGGCCUAGUCUUCCUGCUUGUUCAGCUUUUGGCCAGCGUCUGCCAUGGCCUUCAAGGGGCAAUGCCAUUUGGCUUCCACUUCACACAUUCCAUAUACAACACCACAGUGUACGAGAACUCUGCGGCACGGACCUAUCUUAACAGCCAAAGUAGAAUGGGCAUCACUAUGGCGGACCUCUCUUGGGAUAUCAAAUACAGGAUAGUGUCUGGCGACGAUGAAGGCUUUUUCAAGGCAGAGGAAGUUGUAAUAGCUGAUUUCUGUUUCCUUAGGAUAAGGACUAAAGGUGGGAAUUCUGCCAUAUUGAAUCGAGAAAUCCAGGACAACUAUUUGUUGAUAAUAAAGGGCUCUGUCCGUGGAGAAGACUUGGAAGCAUGGACAAAAGUGAACAUCCAGGUUUUAGACAUGAACGAUUUGCGGCCUUUGUUUUCACCAACCACCUAUUCCGUAACCAUAGCAGAAAGCACUCCUCUAAGAACUAGCAUCGCACAGGUUACAGCAACAGAUGCUGAUAUUGGUUCCAACGGUGAAUUCUAUUACUACUUUAAAAAUAAAGUCGACCUCUUCUCUGUCCAUCCAACUAGUGGGGUCAUCUCUUUAAGUGGCCGGCUAAACUACGAUGAGAAAAACAGGUAUGACCUUGAAGUUUUGGCUGUGGACCGUGGAAUGAAACUCUAUGGUAACAACGGCGUAAGCAGCACUGCCAAACUUUACAUACAUAUUGAGCGCAUAAAUGAGCACGCCCCAACUAUCAAUGUCGUAACCCACAUUCCUUUCCCUUCGGACAAGGAGCCUACAUAUGCUAUUGUUAAUGUGGAUGACUUAGAUGAAGGUGCCAACGGUGAGAUAGAAUCUCUUUCUAUUGUUGCUGGAGAUCCCUUGGAACAUUUCCACUUGACUAAGGAUGGCAGAUGGAUGAACGAGUACAAAAUCAAAGAGAAAAAGCCCAUUGAUUGGGACCAUUUCCCAUAUGGUUGCAAUCUUACGCUCCAAGCAAAAGACAAAGGGUCCCCUCAAAAGUUUUCGGCUGUGAAACUGGUACAUAUUGCCAGUCCCAGUAGAGGAAGCAGCCCUGUAAAGUUCGAAAAGGAAACAUAUGAUGUGGCCAUCAGUGAAUUCUCUCCUCCCGGAGUAGUCGUUGCCAUAGUUAAGCUAACCCCAGAACUGCAGGGCGAAGGAUAUAAAUUGUCUCCCAGCGAGGAUGCAGAGUAUUUUAAGAUUAAUCCCAGGACAGGUCUAAUUACCACUGCACGCCCUUUAAAAAUUGUUGACAAGGAAUUUUACGACUUAGAAGUAACGAACAAAGAAGGAUACUUGAAAACACAUGUUACUGUCAGGAUAGAAGAUGCCAAUGAUCACAUCCCAGAGUUUACACAACCUUCGUAUAGCUCCUAUGUCAACGAAAGCGUCCCCGUGGGUACUAGCAUUUUGUCAGUUUCUGCUUUUGAUAAGGAUCGUGGAGAAAACGGCUACAUCACAUACAGCAUUGCUAGUCUAAAUUCGCUCCCCUUUUCCAUCAACCAGUUUACGGGGGUUAUUAGCACAUCUGAAGAGCUGGAUUUUGAGUCCUCCCCAGAGAGCUACAGGUUUAUUGUUAGGGCCUCAGACUGGGGCUCGCCUUACCGCCACGAAAGCGAGGUGAAUGUCACAAUAUACAUAGGCAACGUAAACGAUAACAAGCCGUUGUUUGAAAAGGUGGCUUGUCAGGGAGUGAUUUCAUCAGAUUUCCCUGUUGGCGGGCACAUCACAGCGGUCUCUGCUAUAGAUAUAGACGAGUUGGAGCUUGUGAAAUACAAAAUAAUUUCGGGUAACGAGCUGGGAUUUUUCUAUCUGAAUCCAGACUCGGGGGUUCUGCAGCUCAAAAAGUCCCUGUCUGGCGCCGGCGUGAAGAGCAACAACUUUGGACUUAGGAUAACAGCAACCGACGGGGAGAAUUUUGCCGAUUCCAUGUUCGUCAACAUCUCUGUGGUUCAUGGGAAGGUGUCUUCUAAAACCUUUAGCUGCCGAGAGACCAGAGUUGCUCAGAGGCUGGCGGAGAAGUUGCUGAAAAAGGCUAAAGCCAACGUGAAGCUAAAUUCCGAAGACGGCUUCCUGGAUUUCUAUUCCGUGAACAGGCAGGCCCCACAUUUUGACAAAUCCUUUCCUUCUGACGUAUCCGUCAGAGAGGACCUUCCCGUUGGGGCCACCAUAUUCCAAAUCAAGGCCUAUGAUGCCGAUUCUGGCUUUAACGGGAAAGUGCUGUACACCAUAUCAGAUGGCAAUACAGACAGCUGCUUUAACCUUGAAGUGGAGACAGGGCUGCUUAAGGUCCUUUUGCCCCUGGAUCGCGAAAAAACAGAGCUAUAUCUCCUGAACAUUACCAUUUAUGACUUAGGUAGCCCCCAGAAAGCCACGUGGAGAUUACUUACUAUAACCAUAGAGGAUGCAAAUGACAACGCACCUCUAUUUUUGCAGGAAGGCUACUCGGUUAAUAUGUUGGAAAGUACUGGUAUCGGUGUGGAAAUUAUCCAGGUAGAGGCCAGAGAUAGAGAUUUGGGGCCCAACGGGAAGGUGACUUACUCCAUAUUGACAGACACGCAGCAAUUUGUUAUCAAUAGCUCCACAGGAAUAGUAUACACAGGGGACCAUUUAGACAGGGAAUCGAAGGCAAAUUAUACAUUAAAGAUAGAGGCGAGAGACAGAGCAGAGAGUGGGCACCAGCAGUCUUCUGUCGUCCCUCUGAAUGUUUUUUUGGAUGACGUCAAUGAUUGUUCCCCAGCAUUCAUUCCCCCUAGCUAUAGUGUGAAGGUCCUGGAGGAUCUGCCAGUUGGUACUGUCAUUGCUUGGCUUGAAACGCAAGACCCUGAUCUUGGUCUUGGAGGACAAGUGCGCUAUUCCUUGGUGAACGAUUACAAUGGGAGGUUUGAAAUCGACAAAGCCAGUGGCGCUAUCCGCCUAAGCAAAGAACUCGACUACGAGAAGCAACAGUUCUACAACCUAACCGUGAGGGCAAAGGAUAAAGGCCGCCCCGUUUCUUUAUCCUCGGUUUCCUUUGUGGAAGUCGAAGUCGUGGAUGUGAACGAAAACCUCUACACCCCUUAUUUUUCCGACUUUGCCGUCAUUGGAUCAGUAAAGGAAAACUCGCGCAUCGGAACAAGCGUUUUGCAAGUGAGCGCGAGGGAUGACGAUACCGGCAGGGAUGGCGAGAUCCAGUACUCUAUCCGAGAUGGCAGUGGGCUUGGACGGUUCAACGUAGAUGAGGAAACGGGUAAGUGUUGCUGCAAACCAAAUCAGAAAAGUUGCAGGUGUCUCGGCGAUCCAAGUACAGUCUCUGUGGAUUAUAUCUAAUAUUAUGCAUACUCAGAGGAGACCCAUUGAAGCUCCUUGACAUGACUAACAUAAGUCCGUUAAUUUCAGUGGGUCUACUCUUGAGUAGAACUAGGUUCUGUAUAUAACCAUGCUCAAUCUUAGCCAAUGGAUGUUAACCCUUCAGGGUAAUGGAAGUGUGCACUGAUAUCCACAUUGGGUGGUGUAAAUGGGAGCCACACCAGAUGGUUCAAUUUUGGAUUCACUUCACAAGGCAGAUAAGCAUCGGAACCCACAAUGCUUGAUAGUUCUCUUCCUGUAAAGUAAAUCUAGGCACAGAAGCUUCUUUUGUGUGCAAAUUUGCUAGAUGGGGGUCCUUCCAGACUUGUGUUUUACUGUGGGUAUAUUUUGCAACGUAUUCUCGAGGCAGCUAUAAUUUGUUAGUGGUAGACUUAAGUUCUGAGGUGCUUCCUCAAUGCUACCACAGUAUUGCUUUCUGGAGAGGCUACAGUGCAGCUGAAGUAGGACAAAAACAAACCAGAAUGUUUGUGGUCUAAGAAGUUACAGCAUUCCAUUCAAUAGAAAGUUGAAGAAGAAUAAAAGUUACGGGAUUUUUGUGGGAUGUUAUGAGAUAUGCACGGAUUGGAAACCAAGAAGUGUGACCACCCCAAAAUCGUCAUGCACAAGCAACAUUGAAAGUGGGAUUGCAUUUGACCAUCCGAAGAACAUCAUGGGAGGGAAAUAACGUAUUUGCAAUAAAAAGGCUGUCUCAAGGGGCCUUGGUUAGGGCUUUAAAAAUUAGGUGCUGGAUAUUAAGCUUUGGGCACUGAACGAAUGCGUUCUAGCUUUUCUUUAAUUAUUUCAGCAGCAAUGAAAUCCUAUCUGUCGAUCACCAUAGCCAUGAAAAAGAGUUAAUUGCUCAGUUAUAUCUAUCCCAGUGGAGACACAAAAUCACAUGCUUUCCUUUGCUGCUGCCCUCUUCUUACUGAAAAGCAAAUGGUGGCCUAUCGGUGACUCCAUUACUGCCUGUGUAUUAUGUUGUGAUAACUGUAAAUUAUGCAGGUCGUGGUGGCGCUGAGACAGUCGGUGCACUCCUGACCCCAUCAAAAACGUGAGACUCUGCCAAAUGGGCUUUGGGAUGGGUGGAGGAAGCAUUACUGGGUGUCUUGUUCUCCAUGUGUUUUGUUCAAUGGAGUUGUUUGGCUUCUUUUAAUAAAAAAGGGCAGUUCAGAAGGAACGUUAAUUACUGUAGAAGUAAGCUGUAGUAGGGUGAGCCGGCUUGAUGUUUGAACUUUGUGCUUGUAUCAGGUGUCCUUUUUUUAUUAUGCAAAAUGCAUUAAAUGUACUCAUUUUCCAGAGAUGAUUAUGGGUCUGAUGGCUUUCAGAGAUUUAAAUUACCCCCUCACUGCCAUUAUGGAACAUUAUCAAAACCGGGAGAAGGAAGGAGUGGAGGGAUACAGCCAUAUGAUAAAAUUGCAGUUCAACAAGCUGGUUGUUUAAGUAUCUAAUAGCUGCUGGCGUUAAUGGGACAGCUGUGACAUUAGAUUAAGUGAGGAAAUUAGGAAGCAUUAGUUUGCAUUUUUUUCAGAAAUUUCAUUAAGAGCUGCCUUUGCAUUGAGCUUUGCCCCGAGACGAGCUGCGGAUCGGCAGUGUGAACUCGCCGCCGCCUCCCCUUCCUCUUGUCUGCUUCUUCUGUGCCAGUGAAUAA